AUGGUGCGUUUUUACGCGCUGUGGAUCUGGACUCUGGGCCAAUUUUGUCAUGCGACGCUCUACACCAACGACUGGGCUGUAAGGAUAAGAGCUGACCAUGAGACUGUAAAUAGGAUAGCAGAGAAAUAUGGAUUCACUAACAUGGGACAGGUACGUUUUCAGAAAAAAACUCCCUGCAAACACUUGGAAGUAUGAGCCAAUUCCAGUAUUUUUCAUUCAUAGCCUGCCACAGUUACGCAGGCCUAUAGAGAGACUUCCCUAUCUGUGAAUUUAAGAUGGGGUUUGGGAGCUGGUUAGGCCUCAUCUCACUGAUAAAUAUAGAAUGAAGGAUAAGGAUUACAUUAUUGUUGAAAAAGUGUGUCUCAAAUCUUUUUGAAACAUCUCCAGAGCAGUUGCUGUAGAUUAAAACAGACUUCCAUACAUGCAAUAUGAUUGUAAAAAGUAUUAUUGAAACUUUGCAUCAGGGUAAGUUACAAAAAUGUAGAGUUAAGAGCAGCAAAUUUCAUUAUUCUGUCCACUGAGAAGAAAACCUGUUAGAUAGCUGUGAAACUGCUGUAGAUGAUUGUCCCUCAAAAUGAGAAAAGGCAAUAAAUUUAGCUGUUGGGACUGUCGCUGUGAUGCUGCAAAAUGAGGCUGAAUAAUAGCUUUAUCAUGCAGGAUGAUUAUUUCUACUUUUCUGGAGUCCUGCAGAAGUUUUUAUAUCAAGAAAUCAGUAGUUUCUCAUCUACAUUACAAGCCUGUCUGGAUAUGUGUGGGUGUGAGGAGACAAAGCUGCCAGAAAAUCUCAUUUUCUCCUCUCAGCUCUUACCUCCAUUUCAUUAUUCUGACCCAGCUCGCAUAAUAUUAAUUAUCCAAACGGUUAAAACUCCAAGAACCAGGAUCUAGCGCUUUAUUGCCAUUUUAAUAAGGGCUGGAAAUAAUUUUCCCGGUUAUUAUGUACAAGAAGGAAAUAAAAAAAUACUAAAAUCAAUCAGACUAGACAUGUCAAUACUCCCACAGAAUGACCAAAUAAAACUAAAGAUCGAUAAAUAAUGAAGCAAAUAAAUAAAACAGGGCGAGUUAUGGAGCCCAGGAUUGUAAAAAUCCGACACAAGAGCUCCCUGGGGAGGGCUGCUGUAAUGAAAGUUGCAGGUCUCGGGUCCAUGUUUCACAACGGUUGUUAUGAACAUAAAAACCAGAGAAAUCCUUUUGGUUAGGUCAGAAGUCAGAAGCUAAUUUCACAACAGAGCCAUCGGGGAUUAAACUAGGAGCAUAAUUUAUUCUUGUCAGUCACCAAAUAUAACACACUGUUACACUUUUUUUAAUUAAAUAUACAACACCUAGAGCUCCUCCUCCUCCUCUUCUGUAUUAAAGAAAUCUGUUGACGUCAUGGCAUUAGGGACUCAAACACACACAUUAGUCUUCAAUGUGUGGCUACAGUCUCUUGGCUCAGGUUGCAAUCGCCUGAAAAACUAUCACAGGUGUAAGGUAGCUGCCUUAAUGAAAGCCUCCAAAGCUGGUUUCAUAAUUUAACAGCUGUUGAGUACAGAGAUGGAGUGGGAUGAGCACCAGGCCUUUACCUGAAAACACAUGAUUUUAGAGGAUUUGAUGUCUGUUUCACCAGAUCGGAGACCUGAGGGGUUAUUACAGAUUUCACCACCAUGAGACAGCAGCGCAGUCCAAUGUAUCCAACAAUGAGGUGACUGUCAGCAUCGCCAAGGAGACCAAGGUAUAGUAAUAAGAUAUGAGGAGGACUGGGAGACUGUGCUGGAUUAUUAAUCAGCAUCAUGUCACCUUCCUACCUCCAGAUACAAACACACAGUCACUGGCAGUCAUGUAUGUAGACUACCCCAUUAUACUGACUUAUCUAUGACCUCACCUAAAACCUUAAGGUGCAAAAUUCUGAACAACCUUGUGAUAUUUAAAGGACCUUGUGGUUUAUUCCAAGUUUUUUUUUUUUUACAAGAUCCAGCUGCUCUAAUUAUAAAUCCUCAGGGUUGUUUUCUAAGAUUUUUGAAAAAUAAACAAGACAGGAUAAUAAAGAGUCUGAUGAUGUAGGCCAGAAGGUACUAUCCUAAAAAAUACCCAAACUGCUCGGUGUAAUUAGCCCUUACACUUACAGGCUGACUUCCUGGUUAAAUGAGACCCAACAGACCAUCACAGUUUUCCAGUUCAGUUGAGCCUUAAAGCUUUAAAGUUAAGUCCCUUCCUGGCCACCCUGUUUGAGUGCAGAAUCAUGUAUCAAGCAGUAAAGGACCUGUAUAUACAGAAGGACCUCUGUCCUAGGAAACUGACAUUUAAAAGUCAGUCUUGGACUGUCUUUUAAAGCUCCUGUGAGGAGUUUUCAUUAUGCACAAAAGCAAACAAGCCCAUCAGCGACAAGACUGAUGAUUUUUGCAGUAGGUUUUAACCCUUUAAUGCCUGAAACCACAAGUUAUGGCCAGAACAUUUUUGGAGCUGAAAUGUUUAUUUCACUUACUACUGAAAAACCAAAAAAAAUCAAAAUGUCCUUAAAAUUUAACAAAUAUAUUUAUUUAUCUCAUUUGAUACAUGAGAUGUUUUUGGAAAUUGAUAAGUCACAAGAGGACAUUGUUAUCAUUUACCGGGCUGUAUUAAGGUGUUUUUUUUUUCUUUUUUAGUAAUUUGUUGAUCAUAUCGAUUUGAUAGAAGUAUCAUAAAAGUAUGUAUCAAAUAUAGUAGGGGGUAGGUGAUGAAACUACCCAGCUCUUACAAUUUUAACAUUAAAUAUUCACAACAAAUGAUAACUUUGACUGUCAAAAGUCAGCAGCUGAGAUUUCUUUUCGGAAGAUAAUGGACAAGAUAAGUGAAGACUUCCUUGUCCACAGGGGGCACCAAAAUUAACACAAAUGAAAAGUUCCUCACUGGAGAUUUAACCAACUGAUGAGACAAGUAGUAACAUUUAUUUUAUUGGCCAAAAUUGAUAAACAUCCCUAUUAAUAAAAAUGAAUAAUCUUCCUUCCUGUUUAUGAAAGUAUUUUGACAUUAAAUCAGUCACAUUUGUCAAAGUUAUCCUGAUAUGAGCUGCCAGAUUAUUAAAUCUCCUGUCAGAAGUUUUUUAAACUGGUUUAGAAAUAAAAUAAAACUAUUAUAUAAAAGAGUCUUUAUGAUCUACAAAAACAAAUAAGACCACAAGCACUGAGAUGUACUCCUGAAAUACAGCAUGCUAAAUGUCCAAGAAAGUCACAUAAGAAAAGCCUUUUUUUUUUUACAUUUAAUCCAAAGAUUUUUUUACUGAUUCGUAAAAAGAAAAGAAAAAUAAACACUCUAGUACAAAAUGAGCUGAAUAUGGACAGUUCCUCACAGGAGAUUGAAACUGGUCAUGCUUUACAAAUAUAAGCCUCAUGUUUACUCUAAAGUUUCACCAUUAUAGCUUAAAAGUUUGACAUAUUAGCAGUGCUGCAUUAAUAGUCAGUUUUAAUAUAUAGUAUUGCAGGCUCAUAUCCACCAUCAGUAUACUGUAAGCCUGCUAUUUGCUUUCAGUAACAGAAGGACUUCUUAUAUCCCUCCACAAUCUGCAUGCCAGUGAUGUGCAAAUCCCUGUCCCCACAUAAAAUGUAAACAGUGUUCAAGCUGGUGGGAUGAUUCUGAAAAGUUUAAGAGAUGUGACUUUAUUCAGGGUUCUUUUCCCUUUGUGUUGAAUCAUAAAAUGUCCAAAAAAAUCUGCACCUCCAUUUUUUUUUCAGACAAUAAAUCCCUGCUGCUUCGAGAAACCACAAAAACUCUUCUUGCUGAAAUUGGCGAGUUUGACAAAGAUUUGGAACUUACAAUAAAGCAGUUCUUGAUGUUUUGUAUGUUUUAAACCUUUUUAUGGCACAGCCUCCUGCAGGCAUAAAGCUAUGGUAAUGCCAAGACUCGCCUACCAACUUGCAAAUCUUCCAUCAACACAAAGGCAUAAUUUCUUUGUUUAAUAGUUAGCACUGCUUGAGAGGAUUGUGAUUGUGAUUAGUUAAAAAAAAUACUAAUGAAUCUGAGCCAGGUUUUUUCCUCUAGUGCAUAAAGUCGAGAGGUUUGGUAGAAAUUUUCAAGGGCAAAUAUUUUUUUCGCCGGCGGCCAAACACGCCAUAAUGCUGAAGUCUCACUCGUCAUUUUCUGAAACUUGGCAGCCCUGCAGCCAUACUUAAAAUGGUUUGUGUGAUUAUGUCUAAACUAGUAUCCUGUGUGAUCCUUUUUAAGGUGGAAUGGCUCCAACAGCAGGUGGUCCUGAGUCGGGUAAAGAGGAGCCCAGUAGACAGUCGCAUCUACCUGAGCACCAUGAAGUCCAAACAUCUCCUCGAUGCUGAAUCAAAGCUCCACAGUGACUCAGUGUGGAAGAAUUUGUGGUAUAUUGUGAGUGUGUUUGUAUUUUCUUUAAAAAGCUCAAUUCUGUAACACAGACUCUAAAACCCCGGGCGGACCAAGCCUGAAAUAGCCUUUGAUUUAUUCUUUACACCUCAGGGCUAAAUUUGCUAUCCCACUGUUUCCUCCACAGCACUGCAGCGAUAGAUCCAAAGGCUGCCGCUCUGGUAUGAACAUCGCGGGGGCCUGGAGAAGGGGGUACACUGGGAAGGGUGUGGUGGUGUCUGUCCUAGAUGAUGGCAUUGAGAGAGAGCAUCCGGAUCUAAAGCCAAAUUAUGUAAGUGCCCUGGGAUGGGACGCUGUUCUCUGGAAGAGGACAUUAAUCAUAAGCAAUUUGGCAGCGCUCUCAGAGUAAGAGAACAGAACUGAGACAGAUAUUGCGGACAAAGCUUUUGGGCCAAAAGGUUUUGAAAGGCCGGCCGAGAGUAUUGGAAUGGACAUUAAACGUCUGAACCACUUAACUGUCUUGUGGACUGGUGAAUAAUGCUCUUUGUGAUGAUACAGAGACUGAUAGCUGCUGGCGCCCUAUUCAUCAUAGGCGCACGGCGGACAUUUUUCUCUGACAUCAUGCGCGUGGUGAGAAGCUCAAAUGCUAAUGAUGUCAUAACUCUGUGCCUGCAGAUUUAAAGUUGUAUGAAGAUGAGGGAUUUGACAGUUGCUAUGAUCAUUUUAAUAUGACUGAAAAACUGGAGUUCAUGUUCAUCUGCAUGCUGCUACUUAUGAUUUGUCUGAUUCAGGAUCCUUUCGCCAGCUAUGAUGUGAAUGGACAGGACCAAGAUCCCUCCCCACAUUAUUCCAACAAUACCUCCAACCAGUGAGUACUUCUUGAUCUCAGCAGCACCUGGUUUUGUUUUGUUUUCUCUGCUGAUCACAAUUCUAACUUUAAUUUAUGCACGCUAAUCCUUUCUUUUCUGUGAUUAUAUGCAUAUAUGGAUAUGCAGAUGAUUCGGUCUGAGUUCUGUUUUUUCACUGGUUUGAUGUAACGGAAAUAGCCGGUUUUUCCUCCUCAUGAAUAUGUAUCUAACCUCGUGUUCUGAUGUUCCCUCCUUUCUGUGAAAGCCAUGGGACUGAGUGUGCAGGGACGGUUGCAGCAGCUGCAAAUAACUCUUGGUGCACGGUUGGAGUAUCUUUCCACGCACGUAUAGGCGGUGAGUCCUGGCAUCGGCAUGAAAUUGAGUGAAAGACUUCUGGAGGACAAAAUUUGAGUGAUUUAGAUUUAAACUUUUUUGUUUUGUUUCUAUUCUUCCUCCUCCUUAACUUGUAGGCGUUCGUAUGCUGGAUGGAGUUGUGACAGACAUUGUGGAGGCCCAGUCCUUGAGCUUCAGACCUCAGUACAUUGAUUUAUACUCAGCCAGCUGGGGCCCAGAAGAUGAUGGGGCAACAUUGGAGGGACCUGGGCUUCUGACUCGUCUUGCGUUAGAGAAUGGCAUCAAAAAUGUGAGAGAAAUGAGAGGAAAACUUUGUGUUUGUGUGGAUUUCCUGCAGCUGUUUAUCUUCUUCCAGGGCCUAUUUUUCCUUCUUUAUCAGUGUGUAAAUAUGAUAAAUAAAUUAAUCAGCUCUGUCUGCUUCCCCAAUUAAUCUUAGGGUCGUCAUGGGAAGGGCUCUAUCUUUGUCUGGGCGUCAGGAAAUGGAGGACAAAGAGGUGACCACUGUUCCUGUGAUGGCUACAGCAGCAGCAUCUACACCAUCUCUAUCAGCAGCAGCACUCGGAGUGGAAGCCGGCCAGAUUACCUGGAGCAGUGCUCCUCUACGCUGGCGACAGCGUACAGUGGAGGGGAGACAGAGGAGGUGGUGAGUACAGCCUGAAAGGAUCUGAAAGACUGAUUUGAUGAUAUGAGUCUCUCUCAGUGCUCACAGAGAAGUUACUACCAUAACAAGGAGGGAUGUUUACACCCUUGUUAUGCCUCGUCUGCAUAAAGGUGGGGCAAAGUCCUUCCUCAAAAAGAGUAAAAGUGGUUGGGGAGGAGGUGGGGUUGAGUUGCCUUGGAGCUGGCAGGGCAGAACAGCACUAUGUGUGUGCAUAUGUGGAGCUUUAGCUGGUUGUUUACAAGACCUUCUGCAAUACCAUAAAGCACUGUGUAGGGCUGCACCUAAUGAUUAUUUUCCUAUCGAUUAAUGUAACGAUUAUUUUUCUCGAUUAGUUGACUGAUCUAUCGACUAAUUUAUUGAUUAUUCUAAAGAUUAUUAUUUUUUAACUGAUUAAUAUUACAAUGAAUUUUAACGAAAUAGCAAGUUAGAACUUGUCCUAUUCCUAUUAGUAUUUAAUUCAAUGAUUUAGUCAAGAAUCUCUUGAAAUCAAACAAAAAAAUAAAACAUUUGGGUUGUAAAAUCGGGGAGAUUUUUGCGGCGCGGGCCGGGUAGUUUUGGGGUUACCUUUUAUGGUGGUGAUCUAAUUAUGAGAGUAUUUGUAAUUAGAUUACUCAUCCAAAUAAGUAUAAGUGAAGCUGCACACUUUUUUGUUUUGUUUUAACAAUAUCACAUUUUAAUAAAAAAAAUAAUAGCAAUGAUAUGCCUUGAACUUAUUUAGUCCACUUAUAUUAGUGUUAAAGUCCUCAUAUGUUUUAUAUGCUCUCCAAUAUGAGGCUCUCUGAACAUCUGUGCGUGCAAUAAAGCACUUUUUCUUCUGAGGCUGCCCUGAACGCAUCACUCCCAGAUGGAGCAAGACAAUCAACAUAAAUGUUAUAUCUCACGCUUGUUUCCCUUUCACUGAAGUGUUCAUUUUGCAACAAACACUGUUUAAAUAUAGUUUACAGCUUUAACUGACCUGAAUCAUCCCAAAUUGUAAAGUAAAAGUAUAAAUCCAGUAUCUGUGAGUCUCAGCAGAAACACAGGACUAUCUUCAGUUGUCUGGAAACCUGGCAACUUUGGACAAAUAUAGUGAUCCGAUUCAUGAAUGAACAUGAACCAUGCAAACUACGGGAGAUUCCUGGGAGAAAUGACAAUACGGGAGGUGGGCAGGAGAUAGGUCUGAAAUAUGGGAGAGUCCUGGGAAAAACGGGAGUGUUGGCAGGUAUGGGCAAAGCCUUUCCUCAAAAAGAGUAAAAGAGUUGGGGGAGGAGGUAGGGAUGUAUUGCCUUGGAGCUGGCAGGGCAGAACAGCACUAUGUGUGUGCGCAUGUGGAGCUUUAGCUGGUUGUUUACAAGCCCUUCUGCAAAACUAUAAUGCACUGUGUAAUCACACACAGGGACACAAAUAUUCCACUGUUUUUGGUGUAGUUUCUAUGCUGUUUCAGAGUUUUAGUGCGUUAGAGUCUUGUGAUUUACAAAAUAACUACUCACAAGGGAGCUUUGCAGUUGGCUUUUAAAGCAAGGAGUUGUAAAAUUACAAAACAAGUAUGUCAUAGUUAUAAACCCAUCAUCAAACCUGGGAAAUUUGUAAGAGAUCAGACUGUAUUCAAGAAAUGGGCACACGGAUGUGUUGACAGGUUGACCUUCAUCAUGUAUAUGAAUCAUCAAACUGAUCUAACACUGUAUGAAGAAAUGAACUUAACUUCCUGUUUAAUGGCGAAGCUGCACUCUAUAAAUCAGACAAUCAAAAACUUUGAACCAAAAUGGUGGACUUCCUCUUUGGGUUAAAGGGAUAUUCUGGCGUAAAAUUAAUUCAGAGUCAAACACACCUAAACACCAAGUUAGACACCCCCUGGAGAGAUAAAUGUUGGCAACCGCUUGCUUCUCUAGUUAUACCAACUUUAAUAACAACUGCACUAUAGCAAUACACAGGGGUCCAUGGAACCACACGCAAACCUCAACCAAAAAGCCACUCUAUAGCCACAAAUAAUGCUCAGAACAGAACCUAACUUCAUCAACAGUACAUAUAGGGUCCCAGCCACAGUACUAGCCACCAAACAUCUUUUUAGCUUUGCCUAAUUUCUUUAGCAAAGAGACUAAAUACAACUCACCUAAUCUCUUCCAGCAGCCGCUUGUUUGGAGUGAGACCUCGUGCCAAUCCAUUACGGACUGCAGCGGGGUAACGCAGCUCAAGGAAGAACAUUUAUGAUAAUUUCUUCAUGGAAAUGCAAUCAGACCAAGAUGCUAAGGCAGAAGAACUACCGCGUCUGCAGUGCAACUUGAUUAAUAUGGUGAUUAUUACUUCAAGGAAAUGAUAAAGUAAUGAUCAUAAAUGGCAAUAGUCCUACAGCCCGAGGGUGGUCAGACAAACUGCAGAAAAAUUUUGCAUUGAAGUCAAUGGGAUGAGCCACAAAAGAAAAGAAUAAAAAAGAUCAUUGGAGCUUUCGAACAGCUUCUUCUCUGACAUACUUUCACCUAGAAACCCCAUUUAAACCUUAGAACGUAGACACAAGUCUUGUCUAUUGGUGUAUUAAUCCAAGUUAUGGUUUUUUUGAUAGGUUUUGUCACAUUUAAAUGUUUCGGAUCUUAAAACAAAUUUAAAUAGUAGUCAAAGACAAUACAAGUGAAAACAAAAUGCGGUUUUUAAAUGAAGGUUUUUAUUAUUGAAGGAGGAAAAAAAAUCAAAGCUACAUGGACAUGUGUGAAAAAGUCAUCGCUCCCUAAACCCUAAUAACUGGUUGGGCCACCCUUAGCCCUAACAACUGUAAUCAAGUGUUUGCAAUAAGUCUCCUACAGUGCUGUGGAGGAAUUUUGUCCCACUCAUCUUUCCAGAAUUGUUGUAAUUCAGCCACAUUGGAGGGUUUUCGAGCGUGAACCGCCUUUUUCAGGUCAGAACUUUGACUCGGCAGUUCCAAAGUCAUCAUUUUGUUUUUCAUCAGCCAUUCAGAGGUGGUCUUGUUGGUGUGUUUUGGAUCAAUGUCCUGUUUUUGUCUUUGACUAAUAUUUAAAUUUGUUUGAUGAUCUGAAACAUUUAAGUGUGACAAACAUGCAAAAAAAUAAGAAAUUAGGAAGGGAGCACAUACUUCUUCACACCACAGUAUGUUUAUACAAACACUGAGAAAAAUUUGGCCACAAAUUGGGUGGGUUAAAUGGGUUGAUUACCAUAUACUUGGCUUUUGAUAAGUGUUACAACAGCUAAUAAGACUCUGAAAUCCCACACAAGAAAAUAAUAUCUUUAUUGCACCGACUCCAAUGAAAUUGAUAUUCCAUCAGUGCAACAUAAAAGGGAAAAAACAAAUAAACAAACAAACAAACAAAACAAAAAAACAGACAAAGAUGCAUAAAAACAACAGGAUAAUUAAAAAAUGACAAGAAUAAAUCAAAACUGAAAAGUGACAUAAUGCAUCACAUGUACCAAACACUUCUGAUCUAUAAGUCCUUUUUUUCCUCCAGAACCUGAAUUAAUCUAUCUGUUAUCAAUCUGUUCCUUAGAUAGAAUGGAAGACAUUAUUGAAGUCUAUGUCAGAAAUAGUAAUUAGUUUUGUCGGCUGAGAGAGUCCAGCCCAGAUUCCUUAAAUGUUAAAAACUCAUAAAAGAAAGUUUUGCCCAGAAAUUCUAUCCCAUAGUGACCCAAAGUCAAAAAUUCCACUUAACUAGAUCUCUCUAGAGGUGAAUACGGUUAUUUAAAAAGUUUUUAUCAGUUUACUUUUUUUCUGCUGCAACAUAAUUUCAUUUCUUGAUUUCUAACUGGUCAAAUUGAGUUUACUCAAAUUUAAACAGUUUACACAUAUUUUUUUUAAAACUCAGAUUUAUGCACAUUAUACAACACAGAAAGAUACAAACACUGACAAACAUUGGAAUAUAAAUGAAUGAGUCACAUCGGUGUCAUUUGUAUAAUUAAAGAGAAGGAGUUCAAUUUUGGAGUUGCUCCAUUUUUGCACAUUCAUGUUCUCUGUAUGUAUUUUCUUGUUUGAUCGGUUUGUAUGAAUAUGUUUUGGAAAUAGUUCCUCUUACAUGACCAUAAAGUGAACAACAAGAGUGUACCCAAAGUCCAUUAGAUGAUAUUUCACAGUGCACUUUAAAUGGAGGCUAUCAUACUCCGAAUACAUAUACAAAUUCACAUACAUAGUCACAUAUGCAUAGUUAUGUACAGGAGCCAGUCUAUUAAGAUGAAAGCUUUAUUUCCUCCAAUAAUAAGUAAAUUUGUCCACACAUACUGUAAUUUGUGUUUCUUGUAUGGUUUCAGUCCACACCCCUUUUGUAUGGGACUCUACAGUAAGCCACCUUCUUGUAUUAUUUUAAUCAGAUAUCUAUCAAUAGAAUUCAUUCUGAGUGAAUUAUUCCCAAGUUACACCUUAAUCACGUUAAAUCAGAAUUGAUCUUUGUAAAUAUUUACAUCUGGUAGAGUUUGAUAGCUGGGGGAGAAAAUGUGGAAAAUACCCGCCUGGAAAUUUCCACACUCCCUCCAGCUUGAGCCACAUCUUGACCGACCUAUCUUUAUAUUAAAACUUAUUUUUUUAUAAACACAGGCAAAGUGAAAUAAUAUUGACAGCACAUAUAAAGCACACUCUUCCAAUCCUUUUUGAGUGUACAUGUAUGAGAGUUUAAACUGCCGUCAUUACUUCUUAACACCUUGUUCUUCAGGUCUGCAGUUUCUGAACAUUUCUUAUAAUUCCCAUUGUACUUAUUGGAUUGUGACAGAAUUUGAGCUAAUCAGAGCAAUUAAACAACAAAUGUCUACAAUUAUAAAUGAUCAAGUGAGGAUCUUUUCACGGGAACAGUCACAUCGUGACACGAGUAAAUAGCAGUUUGUUUUAUAUAUGAUAUAUUUAAUAAGAAACUCAAUUUACAAAAUAUUUCAGCCCUUAAUGCAAAAAAAUACAUUAAAGAAACUGAAUGAAUAUGAGAAAUGAAAAUCUACAUUACUGCUGGUCUAGUCUGUCAAUGCAAAAAGCAACGAUUAGAUCUUUUUCUGCAGAGCCGAACAGAUUAUUGAAUAAAGAAGCGACAUUGCUUGUUCUGUAUUAGUUUUGUUUCCUGCAAAGUCUCAAAACAUAUCAGCCUUCCUCCCCUGGAGCUCGGUGGCUGAAGCAGCAUUUCUAAAACAGUUGUUUACUCUUUCCUCUGAUAAUAAAAUAAUUUUAACAGGAGAUCUGAAAAUCCUUUUUUGCAUCAUUUUUUAUGAUGACAUCUGCAACUCUGGUUGAACUUCCAGGGAUGUUUGAAGCGUCUUGCUUGCCUAUAGCCAGAAAACUUUAAAGAGGUGGAGGGGAUGCUGGAGGGCAGCGUCGGGGGACAUGCAAGCUACAACUUCUGAGGUUGAGCUUUAUGAUCUGAGACAUCUGUCAAUCAAGCAAAUAUGCCCCAGACACAGUCCCUUUGGACUUUCUUCAUGUCAAAUCUGUAACCUACAUAUUCACAAGACACACAAAAAAUUGAAAUCAGCAAGUUUGAAGCAUAGACUUCAUGAUCUUGUGGAUUGUAUCGGUGGUGGUAAUUUCACUACAGCUAAUUCGUGUAGUAGACUAAGCUUCUGGGAGACAUACCUGACUCUCUGCUGUGCUGCAGAUGAACAACAUGCACCACCAAAAUGUAACAUUACCAGUUUUCCCAUCACUACCAUCCAUUGUAAACUCUGGACAGGAGUAAUGCACUAGCUCAACGUUUAACAAGCCAACACACUGGGUGUGCUGAGUUAAAUCUGCAGAAAUAUGAAAACAAGAACACUAUAUUUUCCUUCUGCUAAAAUCUUUGAGUAUCAUAAUCCUGGAUGGUCAGCUAGUGCUGAGAACCACUCAAAGUGCCAUGACAUGAGUCGAAUUAUUGGAUUAAAAAUAGCUGAGAGUUAUUAAAAAAAAAACCCUGCAUGGUUGUAAAUCAAAAAUUAAUGAAUGUAAAUAUGAUUUAAACAGCUGAAGCCAUUUUUUAUAAGUAUGUGACAUUAAACAAAUUAAUUUCUGUCGUGGACUGUGGCAUAUAAGGUGAUUGGCCUUUGAGCUGGCCCCCUGUGGCCAUUUGAGGAGUUGCAGUUACAAGCAUGUUUGCACCAGCUUAUUAUUAAAAUCAUAACCCUAUUAAAAUAAUUGCCCAAGUCAUCUUUUGAUGAAAUUUAGUUUAUGGCCUAAAUCAUUUCUUGAUAAUGCUGGCCAUCUCUGGUAAAAUCACCCAAAUCCUUCGUUGAAAAAUGAGAGGAUUUUGGUUAAAAUCACUUAAAUCCUUCAUUGAAAUUUGAGAGGAUUUUAGUUAAAAUUGUCUUAAUCCUUGGUUGAAAGUUGAAAAGAUUCUAGUUUAAACUGUCUUAAUCCUUGGUUGAAAGUUGAAAAGAUUCUAGUUUAAAUUGUCUUAAUCCUUGGUUGAAAGGAUCAUGCCAUGAUUCUUUCAUGUCAUGAUCCUUUCAACUAAGUAUUUAGGCAAUUAUAAGUGUUUAAAAUACUAAGUAUUUAGGAGUUUUUUCAGCCAAAAACUCAUUUUCGUCAAAAAAUGAUUUAGGCCAUUAUUUUACUAGGGUGAUGAUAUAGACUGUACAAUACAAAGGAUAAGGACCCAUAACCUCAUGAUAAAUUAUUAUCUACUUCAACAAAUGCAGAUCACUUUUAGAGCCCAGAGUAAAUUGGUUGGAAUAAAGUCUGUUCGAGGAGCUGCACAAGUAGCAUAGCCCGGCUGAUUAUACAGCAGAAAUCGCUGUGAACACCUUGAAAGCCAAAGACUCAGGAGGCCUACAGUGGCAUGCCAACAUGUUAUUGCCAAAUCACAAGCUUUUCAAAGUCGGCAGAGACUUCCUCCUAUGGAAUACCUAAUCACAUACUUCGACUUUGUUUUUUGCUUGUUUGAUUGGCAGCUUCUGUUGUGUUUCGCUUGGCAACACACCAGGGAAGAAAAACUGUAAUUAUACAGUAUGUAAUUAUGUUCACUGUAGGUGCACAGCUCUCUCUGAAAACUCUAUGAAUGAAAAAGUAGCAUCUGCAUGUUGACUUUAUACAUUUACUUACGAAGACAAUCACAUCUUUGUCAAGUUGAAACUGAAUAUGUGUUUAAAUUAAUUUGUGCGAUCGGCUCAGGGGGCAAAAAAUAACAGAUUCACUCGUUUUUCUUUUUUUUUUCCUUCAUGUAAUUUGCAAGAGUCACGGGUGAGCAGAGUGGGCGGCUCAUUAGAGGAAACACAGGGAACUCUGCGAGCUGCUACUCUGUCCCCGGGCUUACUGAGGGCUUUUCUGCUUGUCUUUUCUACCUUCACAAUCUCUUUGUUACACAGACGACAAAACGCAGACUAGACAAAUGAAUACACCUGGCUAAACGGGGAUUUCCUACACAGCGUCCCAAACCUUUUGGUUUGACUCAUUCUGCUAAACUUACUGUAAUGACAUUAUUUGUAUGGUCUGAGUUUGAUCAGUUGGUCUUCCUGUCGGCAUGAAGAGCGGUAGCCUACAGUAUAUCUAUAGAAUAUACUGUAGAUAUCUACAAUAUACAGUGUAUAUAUUUUUUAUAACUUAAUAAAAAAAUUUAAAAAUCGUCCGAUUAAUCGGCCAAUAAUCUGCAUCGGCACCCGAAAUAAUCCAUAUCGGUCGGGCCCUACUAAUUUCCCGGCAAAUAUUCAAUAUUUGGUGAUACAGAUCUGGUCUUUUUACCAGGUAACACUGGGUCCAUAUCAAAGCUGCAGCCGGGCUAAAUCUGGGACCUCUCUCUCCUCCUCCGUGGCUGCAGGAGUCAUCGCUCUCACUCUGGAGGCCAAGUAAGUCUCUUUCUCUCUCUCUCUCUCUCUCUCUCUCUCUCUCUCUCUCUUUCUCCCACACACAGAAUCCAUACAUGCACAGGCACUGUUAAGUGUUAUUACCUGCAGAUGAGACUAUGAGGUUUUUAUCUGCUUGACCUUAUCACAGCCCCUCGCUAACGUGGAGGGACGUGCAGCACAUUAUUGUGCAGACAUCAAAAGCUCAUCAUGUCGUUGCCCCUGACUGGCAUGUUAAUGGAGCUGGAAAUAAAGGUAUUCCCACUGGAUUCUGGCCAAUUGUCACUGCUAUGGCAGCUCUUUACAUUUAAAUGAUUGAUAAUGUGAUAUCUUUUGAUUCAACUCCAAAAAACUUAAGAUAAUGAGGAUAAGUUUAGCAUGAUAAGCAUAUUUUGUUGAAUGUUCUCUCAGCUCUUUUUAGGGAAACUAUCAAACAGCGAGCCUACAGACUAAUGAGACACGAGGAGCAGAGCAGUAAUAAACGCCCACAAAGUCUCAGGAGUAUGAGAUGUCUUUUAUAAGCAACACAGCCUUUUAUGCCCCUGCUAACGGCUCUGUGUGUUUGUGUGUGUGUUUGUGUGUGUUUGUGUGUGUUUGUGUCAGUGAGCCACCUCUUUGGCUUUGGCCUGCUGGAUGCUGAGAGCAUGGUGAAGGAGGCAGAGCGUUGGAAACAAGUCCCUUCGCAGCAUGAGUGUGUGGAGGAGGCUCCUGCCCAGCUGAGCAGGUAUCACACCGCCCGCACUGCCAGAGAUCUCCGCUUUGAGUCAGGGCUUCCCUUGAUUCUUUCUUCUUUCAUCACACGUUGUCUAUUUCUGUCUCACUUCUAACAUGGAUUUCUCUCACGCUGAUCCUCGCACACUUUAAUAGGUGGCAUUUUCAUUACUGCUUCUUGCAUUGUUGCUCUCUCCUCCGCUGCUUCUGCCUCCAUCGCUCAUCUCUGCUGCUCACUUGUGUCUCUUUGUUCUCUCUCUCUUACCGUUUCAUAACAGGACUAUUCAUCCCGGCUCUGCGCUGACAUCUGUAUAUGAGACUACAGGCUGCUCUGGUGAGCCCCAGCAGCACGUUGUUUAUGUGGAGCAUGUCGUCAUCCGUGUCACCAUCACUCACAGGCGCCGCGGUGACCUUUCCAUUACGCUCACCUCACCUGCAGGCACCGUGUCACAGCUGCUAGUUAGCAGGUAACUAAGAGGAAUGAUCAAGCACAGGGCUGAGGAGUGGAAACUAAAUAUUACCACAUGCCCCAUUGAGGAUUCACUCUACUUUCUGCAUAUAGUAAUCACUUUUGUUCAGAGCAGAGAAUUUCAGUCCACUGAGCUAAAUUCUUCUGUGUCGUAAGGAGGGAAAAUUGUGGGUUUUGGCAAACAGAGCGAGAUAAUCACAGGGGAUCCGGAAACUGCUAUACGGGCAAGUUUCUGGCAAAAGAAAUUCUGUCCAUUUUCUGCUACAUGUGGUGUAACUUUCAGCAGGCUCUGCAAGACAAAAAUGCACUUUGUUAGCAGAAAGAGUUCCUAACUAACUCAAUAAGCUUAUCAGUGGUCAAGUAUUUACAUUUGCUCAAGUAUUGAACUUAAAGCAGCAUUUUUUUUUAGUUAUUUGUUUUGGCCGAGAUCCCUCAGGAUGGGAAAGUCCUCAGUUGAACAGAUUCUUGUCAAUUUAAAGCAGACACUCGCGGUUAUGGAGAGUUCAGUGACUUUUCUGCUCCUGCUGUUUGUUAAGUUUUCUCUCACCAAACAGCAGGAGCCUGAGUUUGUUAACUAAUCUGCCACUCACAAAGUCACACCUCCUCUGUUUAAAGACAACCAGAGUUAAGGUCCUUACACACCAGGAACGACACAAAUAUACGACGCGGAUGUUAACUCCCCAACCCGAAUCCAGUCAAAGUUUGAAUUCAAAUGAAUUUUAUUCAUAAAGAUCCCCAGAUUACACCUUCUUCCUUUUUUUUUUUUUCUUUUGCGCUCAAGUUGGCUGUGAUCCGUCUUAGAGUAUUAAACCAGUUUGGAUUAUUCUAUUUUUUAUCCAAAUGCUUCCAGUGAGAGAAAUUCAUUCAUGCAUUCUUUCUUUCUUUCUUUCUUUCUUCUUUAUUUAUCUCAAACUUUAGGAACAACAACAACAAAAACAACUAGGAACAAAAACACUAGAACAAAAUAAUACAUAUCAAUCAAUCAGUCUUUAUUUAUUUAGCACUUUUCAUACAAAAAAGAUGUAGCACAAAAUGCUUUACAUAGCAGAGAAUUUAAAAAAACAAAGAAAACCUUAAUCUACUCCAACCCAACCCCUCAGUCCCACCCCACAAUCUAAGCUCAAUAGAAACAUGUAUUAAAAUGCAUUAACUUAAAAAGGGCUUGAUUCAUAUUAACAGGAAUGUGUGCACUGAGGAAACGCUGUUUUAUAAUUCGAGGUAAGGAAACACUGGAGGUUUAAAAUCUGAAAACAAAGUAACUUAAAAUGAAAUUUAAGACAUAAUGAAUAAAAUGAAAUAAAAACAACAGUAAAAGAUAGUAAAAUAAGAGCACCAAAAUAGCUAAAUUUAAGAUGAUUCUGUCAUUAAAACUAGAAGAGAUUAAUGCUAAUAUACAUAAACAAAGUUAAUGAUAUAUAAUUGAGACACAAAAUUGUGUUAAAAGCAAGACUAAAAAGGUAUGUUUUCAGUUUGCUUCUACACAUGUACACCAAACAACUGUACAUGUCAAAGAUAAAUUUACACAACAUAUGUAUGUCAAAAUAAACAGUUUGAAUGAAGCAAAGAGCUUAAAUUCCGGUUUUUAUGAAAGGAUCCAUGUCUUUUAGCUAAAACAAGAACCAGCUCUUUCUGCUCACAAAGGGCUCUUUAUUGUUUCUUUACAUAUUAUCACAAGUCACCUUCGCUCAGAGCACGUGUCAGCUGACUCAGCUUUCCUUUCUUUAGUGAAGUAAGAUGAUGCAAAAGACAAAAUGUUUGAGAAAACUGGAUUCAAGUUUUUGAUAAGCAUGUUUUGAAUUAAGAAAAAAAAGAAAAAUGAAAUGCAAAUAGUUAACAUUAAAUCAAGUAACAAGGAGUUGGUCUAAAAGUUUCAAAAGUUUAUUGGACUGAAUUAUUUAUCCUCAAUUUUAACAUUUUAAAUGCCGUUGAAACUUACUAAAUUACUGUAAAUGUCUUUUUCUUCUUUGUACUCGUGUCUUGAUUUUGUUCAGGCCUCUUGAUGACUCCAGUGAUGGAUUUCAAAACUGGGAGUUCAUGACGACACACUCCUGGGGGGAGCAGGCAGCUGGGAAGUGGACUCUUAAAAUCCAGGAUACUCCCUCUCAGAAGAGAGACAACACUGAACUGGGUCUGCCCUUUUUAUUAUUGACAUCUUUGUAUUUUUGAAGCAUACAUUUUAAGUCAAUUUGUGACAGCACUAAAAUGCAGUGCAGGCCACAGGGGGGUACAGAUCUCAUCUCCUGAUCUCUCUCUGUUUCUGCGGUGUUUCACAGGGAUGCUGAAGGAGUGGUCGUUGGUGAUUUACGGCACCGCAGAGCAUCCAUAUCCCGUGCAUCGCACGCGAGCCAGAUCGGCUGAGAUGCCGAUGGAUAGUGACCUCACUGAGGAAUACAGCGGUGAGUCAUGAGCUCAGCUGGUAUUAAGCUGCCCCUUCUUCCAGCUCAGACCUCUCUCACAGCAGCUAAAUGCACUCUAAUGCAGAUUUACAGCAGAUGUUGGUUCAGGAGGAGUUUUGUGUGUGUGUAUGUGUGUGUGUGUAAAUAUGGCACGAUAUCAUCAAUCUGAACAGCCUCUCUGUGAUGGUGCAGUGACCAUGUGAGUGUUUGCCCUUCCAGGACCCUGCGACCCAGAAUGCAGUGACGACGGCUGUGAGGGGCCCAGCCCGCAGCAGUGUGUCACGUGCUUACACUUUUUUCUAAAGUUCAAGAACAACACAAGGUCAGCGUGUUUACACAGCAGAGAGAACAGCUAAGGCAUCCAGAAAGCAGUCAAAAGUUAUCUCUGCAGAUUAUUUAUAUUUAUAUUUAUCAGAAAUGAUAAACCUGUCUGUUUUAAAGUCACUUUGUUCAUAAAUUGCGCAAAAUUCCUAAAGCCUGCAGACAAAGAAACGGUAAAAGUGCACCCUGAAUGUCACGUCCUCUCCCCCUCAUUUAGAGAGUCACACCUCUUGUCCUCUAUGUGCUGUGGUCCGUGUCUGUGUAAUAGGAUGUGCGUAUCAGAGUGUCCCAGGGGAUUCUGGGGCGACCGCCGGCGUUGUAAGAGGUGCUACUCCUCCUGUGAGAGCUGCACCGGGAGUCGCAGUGAUCAGUGCACUUCUUGUCAGAAUGGUUACCACCUGACAGAGGGGACCAACACCUGCACGGCCAUCUGUGGAGACGGCUACUACCUUGACCACGGUUGGUUUUUAGUCUUAAAUACAGAGUGAGAGGAAUAAAAAAGGUAAAUCAAAAUAAAAGUUUUGCCUAAAUUUAAUCUCUAAAUAAAAUAAUAACUAGAAGGAGAAGUAUGAUUCAGUUUUCUCUCCCUGUUGUUGAGACAUGCCACACACAGAUAGAGGGAUGUCAGAGUGAGCAGCUGGAAGUUCAGUGCCUUGCUUAAGGGCACCUUGGCUGUGCCUGGGAAGUAAACUGGAACCUUUCCAGCCAUCAGCCUAAUUGUCAUGGUUUAUUUGUAACAGAACCUGAACCAUCGACCUCCCAGCAGAUCCCAGAUACAGCUCCUGCCGCCCCUCAUAGAGAUUCAGUCGUUAAAAUGUAGAGUGCAUUUAAUUAACAUGCAGAAUUUUUAUGCCCUCAUCUUUUGCAUAAACAAUCAUCAAGCAGUACAGUUGAACUUAGCACCCAUAUGUUGGAGCUUUGGGUCCUUGUCAUAUGCAUGUUACCUUCCACUUUGUACCUUAACCCUUUAAGACCUGAACCCUGUCUGAGACACGCCUCUGAAAUCCUGAGGGCAAUUUUGAGAAGGGCCCCCAGAUCCUGAGGUUUUCUGAAGUGUUGAGGUUUACAAAAAAGCUGAUAUAUCAGCCUCUGUUGCAGAUAGAAACAAAAUUCAAAACGUAUUUGAGAGCUUAUACAUGUGGCUCUCAAGAUGACUAUCUGUUAUUUUUCUGAACCUACAUCACAUUAUUGAAAACCUUGAACAAACAAACUCAAAUGAAAUAAAGCAGCUGUAGAAGAUUCCAAAAACAGGCAACUGGACUGUCUGACAGUGUGUUCAUCUCUGUGCUCACCCAAAGUCAUGCAACACUCACAGAAAUCGCCCAUAGUGUGAGCCAAAACACUCGGUAUGAAGAGGUUGUUCACACUGCUGGAUACUUCUGCUCCAAAGCUGCUCUCUGGCUUAAGCUUUAUUAGCCUAUCAGAGGCAGUAUGAUGGCGGUAUGAUGAUUUGAUUCACCACGACUCCAGAAAUGAUUGAAAAACUACAGAAUGUUAUGAAAUGGCGUACACGCUUCUCCCGGCUUGAAGGGUAGAAAUACCUACGUACAUGCACCCAGCUUUCUGAGUAGAAGUGCGCAGCCACGCUUCCAGCUUGGAAGGUGGAAAUACAUACAUGCUGUCCCAGUUUAAAUGGGUUAAAGAAGUCAAAAUAUCUUAAAAAAAAUGAGUAGUGCAUUAGAUGUAAGUGUCCUCCUGCAGCCACUCUGCCUUUUCAAACAUUUUGACUCUGCUGCAACACUGUAAGGGCUCAAAUAUGCUCCCCUUGCGUUGAUGAGAAGGAAAAGAUUGAAAAGAGGAGAUAUAGAUGAUCAACCUGUAAAGGAAAAGGCAAAGAUGGAUUUUGCUUUUCAUGCUUUACUCUGUCUUUUAACUGUUGGCCCUCACAAUUUUUGGUGGUGCUGCAACAUUUGGUCCUCAAGCUUGUGGGAAAACAAGCAGAAAUACAGACGACGUAGGUGCAGAGUGUGGUCAGAAGGCUUCCCCCAUAUACCGACUCUAUGUGGAUCUAGAGUAGAACAUGAUUGAGCCUGAACACAGCUUUUUUGUCACUCCAGCUUUGUACUUUUACAUCAAACUCCUGUGUUUCAGUGUUGAUUUUGAGACAUCUUGUGGAUAAAACUAGAUUUCAUCAAAAUACUUGAAUCUUUUAUCCUGCUACCUGUCAAUAUUAAAAUAUACCACUCACUAAGGAUCUUCACCGACUUCAAUCAAUCAAUCAAUCAAUCAAUCAAUCAAUCAAUCAAUCAAUCAAACUUUAUUUUUAAAGCACUUUUCAUACAUUUAAUGUAACACAAAGUGCUGUCCCUUCAAGCAGGAUAUUAAAAACAACGAAACAAUGAAAUAAAAUAAAUACAAAUACAAAUACCAAACCCCGCCCACCCUCCCAACCCCCAUUCAACACAUACAGCACUCACACACUCACACACGCAGAUGCACACAUAAAAGACCAGGACUCUUCAACUUGCCACAGAUGACCGAGGAAACGCUAUCUUAAGUCAAAAGAAAUGAGGAAACACUGGAUCUAGGACUAAAACGAUAAAACCCUGAUAAAAUAUAAUAAAGGUGAUAAAACGUUAAAGAUUAAUUAAAUAAAACAGUCUUAAAAUUAAACAAUAAAAAUAAAUUAAAAAGAGGUAAUAAAACACAGGAUUGUUACUCUACAACUAAAAUAGCAUAAAAUCACAUAAUGCAGAUUAAAAGAUUAAAACAAAAUUUAACUAAAAGCCAGACUAAAAAGGUCGGUCUUUAGUUUACUUUUAAAAAUAUGAACAUUAGGUGUCACUAUCAGGUCUGCAGGUGGAUUAUUCCACAAAUGAGGACCGUAAUAUUGAACUAUGAUUCACCGUAUGUUUUAGUUUUUACCACCUGAAGACCUGAGGGCUCUAUAGGCUCAUACGGUAAAACAAAUCAGACAAAUAAGAAGGACAAAGACCAUUAAGAGCUUUAAAAACUAAUAAAAGAUCCUUAAAAUCUAUUCUAAAAGACACAGGUAACCAAUGCAGAGAUUUUAAAAUUGGCAUGAUGUGGGCUCUCUUCCUGGUCUUCGUCAGCAUUAAUGUAGCUGAAUUUUGUAGAAGCUGAAGCUGUAAAAUGUUAUUUUUAGGAAGACCAGAGUGGAGAGCAUUGCAAUAGUCUAUUCUACAGGUGAUAAAAGCAUGAAUAAGAGUCUCUGCAUUGGCUUGAGAGAGAAACUGGCACACUCUGGAGAUGUUCUUGAAACGAUAAAAUGCUUCUCAGUUUGUCUGGUGUUCUCUUAAGUGAUCUAGUUUCCUCUGGUAUCUUAUAAUGAGACAUCAGUGCUCAUAUAAAUGUGCUUCAUAUCAAGCUAAAAAUUACUCCAGCAGCUUUAAAAUUGCAGCCCCCCAAAGUCUCAUAAGAAGACACAAAAAAGUACCAAGAGCUGUGAGUUAAUAUGUUGACAUUACAGCAACUUUUUUUUUUAGAAAUUUACAAGCUUAUUUGCUUAUUUAAAUGUACUUAAAGAAUAAGCAAAAAUUCGCCCAUAGGCUGUUAAAUUUGCAGUAAAUUGGCAGUUUUAGCUGACCACAUGUAAAACUAUUCAAAACUCAUAGUUGUCAUCUACAUGGUUUUUACAGCAGUGGCCUUAAGAGACUCAGUUUGUACUUGAAUCUGCCUUUAUAGAUCGCUUUUGUCACUUCCUUUGUGUUCAAACCCGACAAGGCCUGUUAGUGAACCUUUGAGGAUGUGCGGCUCAGCGUUUGGAAUCGGCUGCACAUGAGUCUGCUAAUGAAUAGUCAGUUGAUGUAACUGCAGUUGAGGGCUGCGUGAGUAAGAUUGAUGAAUCGCUCUGAUGUGUAUUCAGUGUUUAUUGUUUGAUUUCCCCACAGAUGCAAAUAUGUGCAGAAAGUGCAGCGAAAACUGCCUGAAGUGCACCUCGUACAGCAUCUGCACCGAAUGCAAACCAGACACAAGGUGAAACAAACUCUCAGAUGAUGCUUGAAUUAACUGCUCGGUAAACACUGCUCCUGUUCUUCCUCUGAAUACUAAUCCUCUCUCUGCUCCUGUCUCUGUAAUAAUGAGAUCUUAACGCUGGGAAGAGUGUGUGUCUCCUUCUCUGUGCUAACUCUUUCAGUAGAAACCUUUUACCAUAUUGUCGAGUUAGAAGUUUCCGGAGUUCACUGACUCAGUUCAACAAGUACUCGUGGUGGUGUGUUGUGGGUUGGAAAACUGCGCUUUCUCGCUGUGACUCAUUUGACGGUGUCACAUGAUUGGCCGUGUGUGUAUGUGUGUCACCGUGCCACAUGCUCUCGCCGCCCUCUCUCCAGUCUGCAGGGGAACCGGUGCCAGCAGAGUUGCGAAGCCGGAUUCUACCAUGACAAGCAAGAGGGCACGUGCAAGCCAUGUCACAAGGCCUGUGCUACCUGUGCAGGUGAGGUGAAAGGUCAAAAGGUCCUGAACUUUAUGAAACUUUAAAUGUCAGGGGAAUACAUGAUAUCGAGCUGUUUCUUUUACGGUACUUUUUAUGGUCCUUGACCUUAUAAAACCGUGUUAAUCCCAGGUGCAGGUGUUAAAGCCUGUGACCGCUGUGCAGCGGGUUACCUCAUGGAGGAGUGGAAGUGUGUGCCCUCCUGCAGCGCUGGCUUCUACGCCACCCAGCCAAGCCCAGAGGUAGCUGACGGGCACAGGACAUGUAGGAGGUGAGCUCACUGGUGUGUGUUCAGGUGUGGGUGGUUUGUUUAUCUGCUGACGGCAGGCUGCAUUCUGGUGUUUGCCUUCAGUACGUGCUUGUGUUUAUUCUGGUUCCCAUGCUCGUGUUUGUGGUUGUUUUUCUCCGUAAGUGUGAGUUAUUUGUGGUCAGCGUGUGUGUUUGUGCGCUCAGUCUGCGUUCCCUCCUCCUCAGGUGUGACGCCAGCUGUCUCACCUGUGUGGGGCCGAGCCGGGGGAACUGCAGCAGCUGUUCCAGCGGUCACAGCCUGCAGGAGGGAGUGUGUGUUGUUAACACAGAGUGCACAGACGGUCAGUCAACCAUCCUCUUCUUCAAUUACGUGUUGGCUCACUGAUGCCAGAUACAUAUAAUCAUUUUUAACACUCACCCCUUUAAGUGCUUUUCUUUCCCAAUACAAGUGUUUUCUCAAGCCAAGCUGAGAUGAUACAUACCCAACAUCUGCUGGUGUUAAAUAAGAGCAUAAGGCCGGUUUUAUGUAUAUAUUUAGUCUGUGAUAAGUAUUAUUAUCUUCAUUCUGAGUCAUCUUUGGCAUCGAUAUUAAGCCCACCUCUCCGCCUCAGAUGGUUAUUUCUCAGUCAGCAUCGUGCUCUCGCUGCGUGUCUAACAGGAGAGUACCAGGAGUCUAACGGGGAAUGCCAUGCGUGUGAUGCAACGUGUCUGAAGUGCACAGGGCCGCAGAGAGACAACUGCAUCAGCUGUGUUUCUUCACGGUAAGAUGGUCUUGACCUUUCAGAUACAAGGUCGGAGGGGAAAUAAAUACAUCAUCAGCUAAAAAAACAUCUCUGAGUGAAAAAGUGGCCUUUCAACUAGAGGUAAAGUUACACAUGAUGAGGAGUGACAGUUUUAGCCAGUAGGAUAGUGAAGAGUUCAGUACUAAUGAAAACUAACUAAAGGGUCCUUUUAUGGUUAGUAAAAAAUAUGAGGGGGAUUUUUUGUACUCCUUUUUCAUUUUUAUUGUUCAGAACUUGUAUAAAAGUACAUUUCUGAAUAGCUAAAAUAACAGGAUUAUCCCCUUUUUAAUCAAGACAAAAAGUUAUUAGCAUUUCUUUACUUUUUCCUCUCCUUUGACUGGGCAAUAAUUCAUUUUUUAAUUAGUCUAUAUUCUAGAUAAUUUUAAGUAAUCAUAACCUGAGCUAUUAGAUCUUGUAUUUCAGAGUUACAAGAAAAAAAAGUGGGUGGUUAAAUUAAAAUCCUAACAGAGUGAGCAAAACCCUGAAGCAAUGCCGCCAUGUUUACCCAUUUAAAAUACAAAUACAAACUUGUGUUUUUGCCACAGUGUCAACAGGCAGUGAAGUGAAUUGAUUUGAUUUAAUGUCUGUGAUCAGGUUGUCAUUUGCAUUGCUUAAUCACUGUUGUUAUUAUGGGGUUUUGGAUCCAAGUAUUCAACGUGUCUGAGUAACAAAAGAUACUGCCAAAACCCAAACCCACAAAAUGACACAGACAGUGCUUAACAAUAGCAGACAGCGCUUCAAAAUAUCAAACACUGGUAUUCUAGGUAGCACCAAAUUAUGCUGUUGGAUUGUGCAGGAAAAAGGUACAAACUAAACUCUUCCCAGGUCAUUACUCUCAGAAAAAACUGAACCAUUAACUACUUUGAGACAAAUGUAUACAUACUUGUGUGUGUAUAUAUGCAGUAUAUGCAUUCAAAAUCCAAAUUCCCAGAUUGCCUCCCAGCUUAACCAGUCACCCCUUCCCUCCUCCAUCUCCUCCCAGUGUCAACAUGCUCAGCUUCAUCUGUUUAACUCUGCCAUAUGUUCCACGCUGGGAUGUAAAUGAGCUCAACUCAUUAGCAUAGAAAUAAUUCAUAUCUGUUGAUUUUGUGGCACUGCAGCUGGAAAAAAAAACAGUGUUGUUGAUGUUUUUGUCGGCUGCAGAGCUUUAGAUAAAGGCCACUGCCUGCUGGAAUGUGGAAAGGGCAAAUACCUGUCAGGGGGCCAGUGUCACCUAUGUCACCACACCUGUGCCACUUGUAUGGAGGCGGGGCCAGCCAACUGUACCAGCUGUGACACCGGUGAGGAGUCAACCUAUCAACGAAGCCUGUGUGUGUGUUUCUGUGUGUGUGUAUGUGUGCGUCAAAGACAGGGUGGAGGAACACCCUGUGAUUUUUAAUUCGAGUAUGGUAGUUCAGGAUCAAGUAUUUCUCUCUACUCUUUUAGGUCAAUCAAACAAUUGAAGUGGUUUCAAAGUCACUUAUAAACUUGAGUACAAAAAAGGAGACUCACCUAUAGUGUUAACAUUGCAGUGAAAAACCCUCAGUCAAUUUUCUUUUAUUUUUAGGCUGUUAAAGUUUCUCAAAAAAGUGACAGUAGUUUUUUGAGUAAUUUUUCACAAAAGUGACAGUAGUUUUUUGAAUAAUUUCUCAAAAAAGUGACUAAGUAAUUAAAUGUUUUGAAAGAAAAAAAUUGCAACAAUAAUGUGUAUUUUUUUAAUUUUGGUAAAAAAAAUUGUAAUAUAUAUGUUUUUUUCUUCAUAACUUUGAGAUUUCCAUCACACAGGAAAAAAACAGACUGACAGGUAAAGAACAGACUUGUUUCAAAAAUCAGGCAGUUUCUUCUAUUUUUUUUUAUUUUCAAUGUGUAAAAACAAUAAGAAAUGUUCUUUUUUAAAACUUCUAACACCGUACAACAGACAGGAAGCGAAAAAAGGUACAAAAAAAGAGCACAUGUAAGUAUACAUACUCGUAUGAAUAUCAAUGAGCAUACAUGUACAAAUAGAAAUGAACAAAUACUCUACAAUAAAAAUUGAACAUGCUGCAGCUCCAAAGCUUUAAAACGCUCUGCCUUCACCUUUGUUCUUUUUUAAUCCUUUUUUCCCUUUCCUUUUAUUUUUAAUUUGUUCCCAGGUUUGUAUUGUGUUAGCUUUCUGUUUGUCACUGAGCAGCACUUUUGUCAUUUAUUUCUUCAUCAAUCUGCUCUCGUUAAAUUUGGAAAAAAACAGAUUCUUUAGACUUUGAACUUGAAGUAUCUUUGUGUUCAGCAGACUCAACAGCAAACAGGCUCAGAAGUUGUCCAAGCAAAGGUUCAGAUGAAGUUCAGUAUCGCACAUGUUCACUUCUUGAUUUGCUUCUUUCCCUGUAGAUAAGUUUGAAUUGGAGCGUUACUUGUAUAAAGGUCAGUGUGUGGCCGCCUGUCCUGAGGCCUUCUACCACACCAAAGAAAGAAGCUGUGAGCCGUGCUCGGACCACUGCCGCCUCUGCACCAGCCCCACCCGCUGCCUCAAGUGUAACUCCUCCUUCUACGUCUCUGAUGGAGCAUGUACCAAGCUGGAGUGUGGAGAAGGUAAACAAGGUCAUGUCGUUAUUUAUGAGCUUGUUUUCUUAAAGCUUCUGCGCAGGGGAGAUGACCUUAAAAAGCUUUGUCUCACCCUUUAUUUUUCAUCCCUUUGUCUCGUGGCCUUUUUUCUCAGGUGAGGUGGAGGAUCCCGAUUACGAUGACUGCAUGGCCUGUGAGGAGGGCUGCAGGAAGUGUGUUCUGUGUAAGUAGCCCGGCAGCAAAAAAGGAAACCAAAAAAUCACCAUGUGUCCAAUCCCAGUCUUCUCACUCACAGACUCAAGAGCUUGUCUCGUUGCUAAGUGUGUCGGUCUCCUGAUGUAAACUCAGCAAUGACAGUUUGUGCACUUUCUACAUGCAUUUCUGGACAGCUUCAUUCUGGACUCAUCUAAAAAAAAAGUGUGCCCCAACUGGAUCUUGACUUUUUUUGCAUACUGGACAAAAAGUUUUUGAAAAAAAUGCAAAAAAAGAAAGAAACAAACAAAGAAACUCAUAUUACAGAUUGGAAUUUAAAAACAGAGUUUAUUGAGAGAAAAGCAGAUGGUGAUAUCCAGGUUUCUAUCUGCCAAAAUUUGGGGACAUUAUUGAUUUAAAUAAAAAAAAGCUAAUUUGACUAAUUUUCUUUAAGUCAUAGUUUCUUUUUUAAAAGCUUCUGUGGAGUUUUUUUUUUGGCAACUAUGACAUGGAUUUCAUUUUUUUUGGCAUUUAAAAGCAUACAAGACCAUCAGAAACCAGUUUUAAGGUUAGCCGUUUAAAAUUAAAACAUUUUUAGGUCAUCAAGUGAACAUAAUUGAGAUAAUAACUAUUUUUUGAUUGAUUGAUUGGUAUGCCAGUGGAGAGCCAGUUACUGAAUGACAACUCAAAUGGGCUUUCAACACUUAUAACACUUUUUCACACAUUAUAAUUUAAAUUACAUUAUAUUUUAGUCUUAGCCAUUUUUUACCAUUUACCACCUCUUCCAAAAAAUAUCUGAUAUAUGUUGAGACAUGUGAUUGCCAUGCAAACUUAGGGUACAUUUGAUCAUCUAAAUGACAAACAUCUAAUUAGAGAAAAAAAUCCACAAAAUAAUUUAAUCUUGACGGAAAGAGAGACUAAAGUACUGCUAAUAUAUGUACCACAUAUUGCAUAUUUCUAAUUAGAAAUAUUGUAUUUUGUUAAGUUUAUGAUGGUAACAGGGUUGACAAGAUUAUGAAAACAGCCAGGAGAAAAACGGUUAUAAAAUAUGAAAUAACACAGCCUGAGAUGGCAUAAUAUAAUUUCCUGCCAUUUUAAACAUUCUUUGAUUCCAGGGUACUAAAAAAUUAAUAAUUUAAUAUAGUUUGAUUUAAAAUUUUCUAAAUUGAAAGGCACCGAUUUCAUGGAAUGACCUUUAUAGUUUUAGUCAAAUGUUCACAAUCAUUUUACAUUACUGCUUUUGCUUAAAUAUCCAAAUGUAGUAAAAUAAUUCACAGAGAUAUUUACUUUUUUCUUUAAUAAGGUGCAUCUUGUGACCAGGUAGUGUAUGAUGUCAUGGUAGUGCGUCCAGUUCCUCACAGGCUCCCGUGGUUCCACACUGCACUCCUGACAUUGUUAGAGUUGUGAGUGUUCAGAGCUCAGGCUUCAGAGGGGAGGUUGGGAUUGGCCCCAGAGUGUUCUUGACCAUGUUGAACAGUCUGCUAGUUUCUGUUUAAAAAGGAGAGCUGAGUUUUUUGUCUGCUUCCAACAGAUAACCCCAGGCAUUGCUUGUCCUGCAUCGAGGGCUUUUACAAGUAAGGCUGUGUGCCGGGCUGUCCUCAUGUGUGAUCUCGCCUCCUUUCCUUUCAGUUCAGUGCUAUGCUUGGAAGAAAAAGGGCCCCCUUUUUUGCAGUGAGAGUGGACUUGUGUACAAAAGAAAAAAAAAGGGUAAACCUGGGUAAAGACUGUCAUCUUUGCUAUCAGCUUUCAGGAUGGUUGCUACAAAAACUGUCCGGCCAAGACGUACAGCGUGGAGGAGGAGAUGAUCUGCGUCCCAUGUGAUGAAAACUGUGUGAGCUGUGACGAACACGAGUGCUACUGGUGUGAGACCGACCUCUUCUUAUCAGGUACAACUGCCCCAGCUGGUCAAGACACAGAGGCAUAAAUUCUUCUGAAAUGAUACAAUAAUUUAUAGAGAAAUACUCAAUAAACAGCAGGUGGUGAGGAAAAAAAGCGAUUUUAAGUUCCAAACUGAUGCUCUAAUGUGAAAAUGUCAUGUCUAAUCUGUUAUUGUGCUGAUGUUUUCACUUUAGGAUGAGCCUUUAAUAACUAGAUGUACUUCUGGAAAGCUAAAGGUGCAGUGUGUUGCUUAAAGUGAAAUAAUAUCAUCAUAUGUUUACAUUAAUGUAUGAACACCUGAACAUAAAAAUAUUGUUUACUUGAAAUGAGCCUUUAAUAAAAAAAAUAGGAAGCAGAUCUUCCUCUAGGGGGGCAUGGGAGUGUUUUGAUCUAACAUCUUGAUGUGAAAAAAAGGUGUCAUUUCAAGGAUAAAAUUUACAUUAUUCAUGUAGCUUGCACAAGAAAAACAAUACAAGGCACAUAUGAAAUAUUUAAAAACAUGUUUUAUUAGUGGUAGAAACAAGUAAAUGAUUUAUAUGGAAACCACAUCUGGGUGACCUUUAAUAUUUAUAUUAAAAUUGGAUCUGAUUUAAUGUAAAAAGCGACAUCUUAGCGAUGGCAAGGAGAACAUUUGUGAUUGUCAGGCUUUAAAAGUUAUCAGAAAUACAAAAGCUUGUUUGUAUGUUCAAUAAAUGUCAUGCAUAGUAAGUUACUGUUUUAUUAGACCUCAUGUUUAUCGUAUUUUAGUUCUGUGUGGGUUAUUACAUUUAUGACAAUGCCAUUUUAUUCUACGAGAUUAACAUGGACUCUGUUUAUAGAUUGAAAAACUAAAGUUAGAGUAAGCUUUGGUUUCAAAGCUUAAAGUCCUUCAAAGUAAGUUCCCAUUUUUGAUUGAACAUAUCUGUAAAAACAGACGGGCAGCUGUAAGUGCUUAUGUUUUGUUCCAUAUGUGCCCAGUAAUGCAGAUUAUCAAAUAAUUGCAUUUAUGUCCUGAAAAAGGUUAUUCCUAUAUGGUUAAUGUGAGAUCGGAUGGCCUCUAGAGAUGUCUGGAGCAUCCAAGACAGGUUCAAGUUGGUAACAGUUACAUGUAAUUCGAGGAUUAGUGGCCAAUCAUAGUUCUGCAAACUUGUAAAACAGUGGAGAGCAAAAGCAGGUGGUGACAUCCAGACUAUUAUCUGCAGGAUCCUGCAGGACAAUUUCUGUACCUGUAUACAAAGAUAUCUGCAUGUAAGUGCUCUGGAUACUUGAGGGAACAAUCUGAACAAUUUGUUCUCUUCCUUGAGCAGAGUAACAUCUCAAAAAAACAAGCAAAAAGUGAUCUUCAUUUCCUCCAAGGACAAACUUGAUGAUGCUAUUUCCCUUCAUCGUGGUGGUAUUUUGGCAAACAUACUGCCCAAAUGAAUCACUUUCAAAACAUAUUACAUCUUACAGGUAAAACUAGCUUUGCUUUUACAUUGAACACACAAUUUCUGCAUUUGCUAAUCAGAAAGUCUUGGCCGGAGGGUAUUAAGCGCUACCUGGUGGCUCUACCUUAAAGGUGGGGUAGGCAGGAUCUGAGGAAUUGACAGCUGUCGGGAGAAAUCUUGAAUGUAAACUCUACCCCUCCCAACCAGUUUUCCCCUCAGCUCCUCCUCUCCCCUAACUCUCUGCUCCAGCAAGCCCCGCCCACAAACAGACACUCCUGCUCGCUCGUAUUGUUUCAAUUAAAUUCAGAUAUAAUGCAGAUAAAUACUUAAGAUAAUUACAAAUGGGGCCCAGUCAACAUGAAAGUAAACAGCAUUGGUGCUACUGUAGAUGCCAACAGACUACCAGCAAACACAAUGUUUGCAGGACUUCUACAACUAGGAUAAAGUGACAUAGUCCAGGACCCGAGGUCAACAGUUUAGCGGUGCUACAACAUGCAGCAGGUCCAGUUUGACAAGAAACACUUCUGUUACAGACACUUGGCUUACUUUGUUAAAGCGGUUUACCUGUCCAGCAGAAAGGUUACAGGGUCACCAAGAUCCCGAAGCGUCCCCCAUCAUUUAUGUUGAUGUUGACCCGGCUUUUUAAGCGCCCGUUAUUCCGUCAGAGUCUCCAGUAUUUACUUUGUUUCCUUGUGUUGGCAGUCGUGGUCAAAGGAGGAUUCAGACAAUUUUCUGUACUUUCUGGUUGGUUUCUACUGUCUGAUAUUGUAGCACGCUAACUUUGUUUGGGCACAUGCACAUGAACGACUCAGGGGAGCAGCGUCUGCCUCCCCCAUCAGGAUGGGGGAGGCAGAGGAUGGCUUUGUUUACAGUCAGAAAGAGCGGAGCGCUCUGAAAUCUUAAAAUGUUGACUACACAGACAUAACAAAACACAGAGAUAAUGUUAUAAUACCAAAUGUCAUCAAUGACUAAUAACUAUUGACUGAUAUUAAAAGCUUUUUUGUAUAUACACCACAAAAAAAGAUGCUUCUUUAAUGGAUACCUGCCUACCCCACCUUUAAUACUCUAAAAUUUGACAUAAUUCCCAGAGACCUAUCUUUGUCAGACACAGGUCUGAGAUUGUCCACAGUGAAGCUUGACUGAAGACGCUUUGGUUUAGAGAUUUGUCUGUGUUUUUCUAGUUGAAAUUAACAUUGCCUGAAGCUGUUGGCCUUGAGUUGACAUGAGGAACUGGCUACUCGGUUUUCUUCCUCAGUCCCAGCUGAUUUGUUGAACUUUUGACAGCUCCCUCUGAAGUCCUAAAAAGUGUUAUCUAACCUUUUCACUCAUGCCGCUGUACUCUGAAAGACCUUUAAAUAGACUCUAAUGUGUGAAGUUGUUGGAUUUUUCCUUUAAACGAGGAGAAGGCGGUAACUGCCAAGUGGGUUAUUUACAGUAUUAAUGUCUCCUGUCUAUUCAGAGGGGAGUUGUGUUUCUGCGUGCCCUGACGGUUUCUAUGGUGAUGAAGACACCAAUGACUGUGAGGAGUGUCACUCAGACUGUGUGACCUGUAUCGGCCCAGAGGACAGUGACUGUCUGUCCUGCGAUGAGGGGAAGACUUUGGAAAACGGAGAGUGUGUGCCUGACCAUGAUGUCUGUCCCAGUAAGACCUUUCGGAGCGGUGAGGCUAAUUCUUAAAUAUUCCACUAAUCCAUCUGUCGGCCCAUAAUGAAUCAGGGAUUUGGGCACUUUCACAGGGGCAGAAAAGAAAUCUUGCAGGGUAAUUGGUCUGUGUGCCAUCGUCCCUGAACCCUGUACCAACUUAAGCACUCAAAACAGACAGAACUACUAAACGUCAGCUAGGUACAGGCUCUGAAAUAAUUGAUUGUAUAUACUGAACAUUCAGUUCCCCCAAAGAAUUAGUCGGACAGACCUUAAGACAACAUAUGGUAAUUAGUGUGAGGUAAGACGUCUUAAUUAUAGGACCUAAAAUAACUCUGAGAAAGUACAAAGGUUAACACAAAGGUUGAAAAUGGACAAAAGGUUUUAUUAAACUUUUAAUCACAAAACUUCUCGUAAAACUUGUCUGAGCAUUUAUGUUACAGAAAACAAUUUAGCUUUGUUGUAAAUUUUUAGUUUGGUUUAGUUUAUAAAAAAUGGUAACACACUUAAAUUAGCUUUUCUCUAUAGAUAGUCAAGUUAUAGUUAUUUCUGAACCCAGCUGGACUGAGCAGUGUUAAUCUGAGUUAUCUUUCUUUCUGCUAGCUCUAACUUUUGAUUGUAAAUAAAAAAAAAAAAAACACUGUAAUUACAUACUAAACAUGGUAUAUAGCUUAAAGGCAUGGUUGACGAUCUGAGAAGCAGUUGAGGCAGAUUUGAAAGAAGCAUCCCACCCCCAACACACAAACCUCUCCCCUCUGUGCUCCACGAUAACUCCCCCCCCGAACUUGUAUCGCCCUCCCCAUGACACACCCCCUCUGGCAGAGCAAGAAGCUGGCCAGCAGAAGAUCCUACGCUAGCUUCAAAUAGGAUUCACCAUGUCGGAUUGCUCGUGACUAGCGGCAGUAAACGCCAGCUCUGCUAGUGAGCACUGUCUGCAGCUGCCUGGACAGCUAUCAUGGUGACACUGUAGAAACUAGUAAGAGUUAUUUGUGUAACAUGUGCCAUGAUAGAAGGCAAAAAUUACCUGUUCAACAAAAACUCUGCUGUCUCUGCGUCUGUUUUCAGGCCCAAAUCCUGGCUGAGCUUUCUUUAACACUUGAAGGAUGACCCGAUCUGUGUUCAAGUUAGAUUCCUAGCUUGGCCACAUUUCCUCUUCGUCUCUGCCCUUUCUUGGGUCAGUUUCUGUUUUCUUGGCACUUUUGGUGGUGAGGCAAGCGGUGUGGGGUUUUUUUUGUGUCCUUCUCCGUCACAGCUCGUGUAGCUAAGCUGCUACGCUACUUUUAGCUGCUCAAAGCUUCGAGGAGGACAGGGAGGCAUUUUUUUAUUUUUUUUUUUGUAGGAUGGUAGGGGGAAGUCCCGCCUCUUUCGCCUCUGAUUGACUAGAAAAGCUAAAAAUGUCAUCCAUGUCAUCUGUACAUCGAACAGAACAUUACAGAACAUUAUCACACUUCUAAAUAUCCUGACCCUAAUCCUAACCCUAACCCGACAGACAAAGACAUUUCACAGCAAUAAAGAAUGACAAAUUGAAGCCCAGCACUUUUUUUUCUUUGCUUUGUGGAGAUCGCACUAUAGGACCAUGAUCGCCAUAGAAACGAUGUUCAUAAUAAUUACCAAUCUCUCCGGUCGUCAACCAUGCCUUUAACCUUGCACAGAGACAGCAGGGGCAAACAGCUAGCAUGACUCAGCAAGGCUAGAUUCAGGCUAACUGCUGUGCCUGAACAGGUAAACAAGACAGUAUUAUUAAUUAUGAUUUUCGAAUAUCUUAGCAAGUUAAUAUUCAUACAGCAUCAUUAUUUUCUUUAAAACUUAGCACAAGGGUAUGAUUUGAUGCAGAUUUUUCCAGGCUAUCUUACAGUUCUGCUUAGUCAGCCGGCUGUUUCAGCCUUUUUAAGAAUGUAAACAAGUGAUAAAGUUAAACAACUAACUGUACAAAAGAUGUGUCAAAGAUGAACCAGAUUAAAUGAACUCUAAGCAGUAUUUGUGUAAUUUAAUAUAAAAUACAGAAACCAUUUUUUCUCACUUUUAAAGCCAUUAAAGGAUUACUAUUACACCUCUCUGUCUUCAUUUUUUUUUUUUGGUUGUCUAACCCGCAGAUGAUGGCGAGUGUGAAGACUGCCAUGUGUCCUGUGAGUCCUGCUCUGGAGAGGAGAAGGACCAGUGUACAAAAUGUCCAAGAGGUCAGUCAAACUUUCAGAUCCCGUGUUUAUCUGCUGUGAGUCCUGCAACAUCAGUAUGAUAUUUUCUGGUUUAAACCCCAGCACAUUUAGCUCCUUUGCAGUGUUGAUGUUUACUCUUUCCUUCUCCUUCAGGGCGGUUUCUGACCGCACAGCAAACAUGUGUAUCAAAGUGUCCGGGGGGUUUCUUUGCCAGUCGGCUAAGCGGUGUGUGUGAGGCAUGCCCUGCAGGCUGUUUGCAGUGUGUGGAUGCUCAACACUGCACCCGCUGUCAGAGCACAAGAAAGGCUCAGCUCUUCCUGCAGGAUGGCCAGUGUGUCCAGCAGUGUUCCAGGUCAGGAGUCAGUCCUGUCACGCUCUGGUUUACUUUAAAACCUUUUUGAUUUGAAUCUUAAUUCCUCUACAUAAGUACGCCCCAGCUCCUUCUCAAAGUGGAUUUCUCUCAGUAUGAAGGUACAGUGGGAUUCCAACCUGCUGACGAAAAUAUGUUGAAAUCAGCUUUUGAUCAUCUACCAUCCAAGCAAGGCCGAGAAAAAGAGUGUAAAGAGAUGUAUUUGCUGGCCAUGAUCUUGACAUGUCCCACUUAAUGUUGAUCUGCCAAUAAACUGUGGCGUCACUGAGGCUGAAAAAUAUCUUGUCCUUGCAGAAGAGGUCCUUAAAGCUCCAUUAGAGCUGUGAUGACCAUUGUAACUGUUUGGCCAUGAGGGCUUUAUUUUUGUUAUAUUUUUGCUGUCAACUACCAGGAGGCUUUUUUGUAACAAUACUUAAGAACGACAUGAUUGUUCGGAUAAAUUAUCGGUUGAAGAAGAGAGCGGAGCAAAAUGCCAGGCCUCUUGUUUACCCCUGCAGCAGUACACAAAGUCAUGAGAGCAAACUAGAGUUUAUCUUUCACCGAGCAGAAAAAAAAUCUAUCAAAACUUCAAACAUAUUACAAGAAAAAUUAAUUGUUUAAUUUAGAGACUUAUCACAUUAACAUCCAGUCAAGGCUAACGUUAAAGCAAGGAUGCAAAAGCUAAGAGUGUCUAUGUUAAACCUAGAGAACUAAGUCAUGUCUGUGCGUCUCUCAGGGGUUACCCAGCAGGCCAGGUGUGUCGGAGCUGUGCGGCCGGCUGUGCAUCCUGUGAGAAGAACGCCACCCACUGCCUCAGCUGUGAAGAACCUCUCCUUCUCCACAAACAUCAGUGUGUGGACGAGUGUCCUUCGGGUCACUCUGUGCGGGACGGGGAGUGUCAUCACUGCCCCUCGGCCUGUGAGGAUUGCAGCCCACUCGGGGAGUGCUCAGGUACUGGAGACCCCAACACUUCUGCGAUUAGGACCCUGUUUAUUCAAAUAGAUGAUGAAUUUCUAACUUUUUAAUCCUCUUCAAACUGAGUUAUAACCAAUAUAAAUGUUUCUGUCAGUAUUUGCUGGGAUGGGUGAUAUGACCUAAAAUUAAUACCAUAAUUCAGACUGGGACAAAAUACUUUUCUCCCGAUUCAAUUUUUCUACAGUUUUUUGGAUGCUGAUUUAAAUUGCGAUUCUACAAUAUUUUCAAUUUUCCCAAUUUUUAGUCUGCAUUUUUACCACUGGUGAUACAGUUGAAUGAUUAUGAUUGUCUACUGACUAUUACAGGAACCAUAUUUCCCUCAAAUAUACACAUGACAUGUAAGUCAGUUUUUAAGAGAGAAAAUUUUCAACAAAAAAAUCAAUUUAAAAAUUAUACAACAAAAAAUUGCAAUAUUUAUGUGAAUCGAUUUUUUCUCCCACCCCUUAUCAUAAUAUUUUAAUUAUAUCAUCGCUAUGACCUUCUUUCCCCUCCUCUACAAACCAACAUCGUGACACUGAUCUCAUAUCAGAGUUUGGUGCAGACAUGAUAAGUGCCCCAUAAUUUACUCACAUCGUAAACCCUGAAGUCAACUUCGACAGGAGGAGGUGGUGGAAGAGGUGUGUAGAAGCCAUAGUCCUCCUCCUGGAGGUCAAGGACUGUCUCUCCUUAAGGUGUCCUAUCUAAUAAAGGCAAAAACUGGUAUACCACCCACCCCUAGAAACUAGCUACAUUACAAACAUGACUCUACCGGACAUGCCUGUCUGUUAGUUGUUUCAUUUAUUCAAUCUUAAAAAUAUAAACACAAAUUUUGGAUUGAAUGGCAUUAAAAUGGUCCCAAGAUGUGUCGUUGAGAGUCAUUUGAGUUUACCAUGAGACCCAGAGUUGACCUGAACACAUUUUUCUAUUUUGAUAAUAACCUAAUGGAUUUUUUAAUUGCCAAGGUUUGCCACAAAUUUGGAAAUUUUUCCAUCCGCUCAACCUGAAAAUGAACCUCGAGAGCAUGCUCUUAUUUUCAGUGACACAAAGCGAACAUUCAAAACAGAAUAACUGCAAAGACUAAACCGAGUCUUUUGGGUGGAAAUAGAAUUUAACGUUGAAAGGAUGUUUUAAUUAGUCACUUGAAAAAUUAGUUUGUCUUUUUCAAACUUUGAAUGAGCCUCUUAUAUCAACAUAGUAAUGGGUUCACUUCAGAGGAUGCAAGUUCCUACGGUAGCUCAGAAUGGACAGUUAACUGAGAAAGUCAGCAAUUAUUUAGCAGGAGAGAAUUUGUGUUGAUAAAAUAUUUACGAUAAAUUGACAAAUAGAGGAUCAUACAGCGUCAGAGCAGCUUCUUGUCCUCCAACAACAGACGUUACUGAACCUGUGUUUACAAUGAAUCUCGACUGUUUGUGCUCUAUCCUCAGCUUGUGAGGAGUAUCAUUUCCUCCAUGACGGCCUGUGUGUUCUCGACUGUCCGGAGGGGUACUUUGAAGACAAAGAGCAGGGGGAGUGUUUGCCCUGCCACCCUGACUGCUCUCUGUGUGACGGCCCCGACGACAACGACUGUGAUGACUGUGUGGACCCGGAGGCCACUCUGUACAACGGGGCGUGUCUGGCCACCUGCCCCUCCCACACCUAUAGAGACGCUUUAACAGGAGACUGUAAAGGUAAACCGAAGAGAAAUAACAGCACAGGUUUACUGAGAGCAGAAAAUGCUUUCCUCUGAUCUAAUCUAAUAAAAACAACACGCAUUUAUUUUCUUCACAUUAUUUGAUUCAUCAUUUGUUUUGCCUUUUGAAGUGGAGUUUUCUGGGUGUGACAAAGUUAAAGAUGCUUCAGUUCCCCUUAGACUUUGUUUUCUCCUUUCUUACGCAACAUUGUUGUCCUGUACAACGCCCUUGAUGCAAUUUCUCAAUUAUACUCCUCUCCUCUGCCUGUGUGUGUUUCCUGACUUUGGCUCUGACUAAAAUAGCAACGCUUUUCAGAUGGUUAACAGGCAGCUGUCAAACCUUGAAAAACAGAGCAGCGAUGCCAGAGACGGUUCCCUAGAGAAAAACACACCGCUCCAGUUUUUGUUAUUCAAAAAACACAAAGGAUGCUGUGUUUCUCCCAGGAAAAUCUUGUAGGCGAUGCCCACUUUUGUUGCAACAUACAGUAGCUGCCAGCAGUGAGAAAGAUGUAAAGGGUGUUCAUCGGUGUACUGCAAAAUGGAUUGGCUGGGAGGGUGUCACUUAUCUUAAUGUUUCCUCAGUCACUCUGAGAACUCUAAAACUUGAAACCACCUGGUAAACAAUAACCAAUAUACAGAGGAGGAAUCCUUUCUGCAGAUGUUUUGAUCAAAUUCAAACACUCAGCUCUUCACUUUUGUCAUGAAAGGCUGUCCUUCUACAUGUUUUUAUUAUAGAUUAUCAGCCAACAUAGCCGAAAGUAUCUUUAAAAGAAGUAAAACCUGAAAAAAAGUAUUGAUCCUGUAGCCCUACAGUGCCUUUCUACAGUUUAAAGGGUCAGGGAUGAAGAAACUUGAGAGGAAGAAAGUGUUGUUUUUUUUUUCUUUUUCAUCAGGCACUGGUGAGAAUUAUAAAAUUUGGGGAAAGAGAGAAAACUUAUUUUCAAGAGUAACUUAAGUAAUGGGGGGGGGGGGGUAAAACACAAUAAUGAUAAUAAAAUACUCUUGUUGUGCUGUGUUCAUCGCUGUAAAGCCAAAAACAUACAGGAUCUGUAUUGAGCACGUUCCGUAUUUGCUCCCUAUUGCAGCAUUGGGUAACACAUACAGGAUGCAUAUUUGGAGCGUAGCAGCAGCGUAGUGCAGCCCCGAUCAGCUGGUCUCACCAUAGAGGAACCAACAUGCUCCCAACAACUUGUUUUGCCUUUCUGUGGUCGAUUUCCUGCUGAUUUGGAUAUAAUUUAGUGACUGUUCAGUCUCUACUAUACGUGUAAAAAUAACGUGAUUUUACAGUUUUGGUUUUUGCAGGUUUACUCGGGUUUACUAAAGUAAACUAUGUUCCUUUAUGCUGUGCUGUUACCUUCAGACAGAGUUAGCAGUUAAAAGUCCUGUUGGGGUCCACAUGGAUCAGGGAUUGACCAUCAGAUUGUUCUGAGUUACUGAUAAAUCCAGAACCAGGAGGUAUUUCUCAUCUACACAAACUGAUACACAGAAGGGAGUCUGCAAUGGUGUUUUAUUUUGAAAUACCAGAUGACAUGCGCAGUUUCUGUGCUUUACACUCUGUCUAGAACGAUCCUCUCUGUGUACAUUGACAUAUAUUGAAAGCGUAGAGCAGCAAAAAUAGUCUCUUUGCGUAUCUUUAGCAGUGCUGCUUUCGAUACGCUUCUGAUACGAUGCUGCAACGGAGCUGAUCUGCGUCCUGUAUGCGAUGCUGCAUUGAUUAGAAUGGCAAGCUAGUUGCUGCGUGAUAAUAAAAGCUUUAUAAUAAUUUUAUUUUUAUAGUACUUUUAAAAACAGAAGUUUACAAAGUGCUUUGACAAACAGUUGCAAAGCACAGAACAUCAGCACAUGAAAAUAAAAGCAAAUAAAAACAAAAGCUCAGUUAAAAACAAGGUCUCUGAAUUGAAGGCCAAUUUUAUUUUUUAUUAGAAACCCAGACAAUACAAGAACCCUACAACAUAAAAUUAGACCCUGAGGACCAAAAUAAAAAGAUAAAAUAUGAAUGAAGGAGAAAUGUAAUAGAAAAGGGGGGCAGAGAGCAGGAAACAAGAUAGUAAAUAUAAAUAUUAAAGAGGAUAUUAAUAUAAAAUAAUAACGAUGGUAAUAUUUAUGACAAAAUGAAAUAGUAAAAAUAAGCAGGAAAAAACAAGAAAAUCAAUAAAGGGCCUAAAGGGUAAAAUAAGAAAAGAUUAUAAGUAAAACAAAGGCUAAAAGGAUAGUAAGUCGAAAUUAGAUAGAGGUAAAAGAGAUAAAAGAUAAAGGAAAAAAAGAAAAGGAAAAAGACGGCAUCACAUAAAAGCGAGUUUGUAAAAGGGAGUUUUUAAAUUUGACUUAAAAAAAGCCACUGUCUGCACGCCUUAUCUCCUCUGGCAGGUCGUUCCAAAGUCGAGGAGCUCUGAUGGAGAAAGCUCUAUCACCUUUAGUUUUGAGCCUCGAUUUUGGAACGACCAGGAGGCCUUUGCCAGAGGAUCUGAGGCUGCGAGUUGGCUCAUAAGGUAUUAAAAGCUCUGAAAUGUAGCUCGGAGUAAGUCCUUUGAGCGCUUUAAAAAGUAAUCAAUAAAAUCUUGAUAUGCAACACUGCCGAUACGUGCUCAAUACGGAUCCUUUAUGUUUCAGCCAUAACAGAUCAGGGUCUUAAGAACAUUCAUCGGUAUUUCUCUGAUAUUUAUGUGAUGGGAAAGAGAAGUGAGUGGACAAGGAAAUACCCACAAAUGCAUAUCAGGUUUGGUUUUGUCCAGAGGGGGCGCCAAAAUCAACCUAAAGCAGCUGUAAAACUCAAAAUGUAAAGAACGUUUGAGUUUUUGUAAACUUGUUAAGAAGUGCUUCAGGAGACAGAUCAGAGCAUUUUUACAUGGAACUGAUUCAUUUCAAUAAAAGCUAAAGGCUAAUGAAAAGGUGGUCCCCUUCACUGAAGUAGAAAACGUGUUUCAUGGAUUUGGGGCAAUAACCAGAACAAAUAUCAGGCCAGGUGAAAAGAUUUUGUUUUUUUUAUUACCCCUACUCCUUUAAUUUACUUUCCUUUUCUGGUUCCAGACUGUGAUGUCUCCUGCCUGACCUGCUCCGGCCCCCACUCCAGCUCUUGCAGCAGCUGCAGAGAGGACCACAGACUGGAGGGUCACGGCCACUGUGUCCCCUCAGCCAACAAGUGCUCAUCUCGCCAGUACGCAGACCAGGAGGGGGACUGCCAUCCGUGUCACAAAUACUGCCACAGGUGCUCGGGUCCCGGCAAAACCCACUGCCUGAGCUGCAACCAGAGACAUCUCCUGCUCAGUGAGUCGAGUUAGCCGGCCUUGUGAUAUCUCCAAAGUCUCCAAGCAUCUGUGACUUGUUUGUUUGUGCGGCUGCGUGAUCAGCAUGUGUGUUUGUUGCUACAGAUGGCACCUGUGUGGACGCGUGCCCCACAGGCUACUAUGAGGACGAGUCGGGCCAGAAAUGUGAGCCUUGUCACGCUUCCUGUCAGAGCUGCGUGGGGGAUAAGAGCCACGAGUGCCUCAUCUGUAAAAGCCACCUUUUCAGGGAGGGCAAAGAGUGUGUGGAGACCUGCCAACACAGGUAGUUUAACCUGCUCACCGCCCAGCUGCGCCACUAAUCCAUCACAUUAAAUGCGGUCACACAGUGUUGUCAUUAAUAAAAGAUCACUUUGGUCCCAUAAUGUCAGUGCGGACUCUAAACCAUUGCUUUCCUUUUGUUAGCGAGACAGGGGUGCAAUUUGGAGAUCAAGCUAAUUUAGCCUGAGAUUUAAAUAGCAAUGCAUGUGGCCUGUAAAAUGCUAAUUAGGCUUGAUUUUAUUAUGGUAAGCAGCGAUUGGGAGAGUUAAAUUAAUGUGCUGUUAAAUUGUGUGCAGUUAAAUAUUCAAAAUAAGGACACAAAGGCCAUUUAUGGUUUGACCUGAACCUUUCAUAUUUUCAGACCUGCGUGUGUGACGAAAAAUAAAAACAUCACUUUGACUUUUUUGGUCCAGAAUUUGUUAAAGUGUCCUCAGCCUCGCUCUGAGGGUUUCUGUUGUGACUCUUUUCCCUCUGUCAUUGUAGCUUCAGUCAUUUACAGCUGUUUGUGACUGAGUGGCUGCGGUGAAGAAUUUCCUUUGAGGACAAACAAAACUCUCCUGCUUUAAUUGAAUCUAAUCCAUCAUAACUUUCUCGCCAGUCACUAUGGAAACACGGGCUUGGGGAUGUGUGAGAAGUGUGACCCGAGCUGCGGUGAGUGUAUCGGGGGCGGGGAGGACAGCUGUCUGAGCUGCGCUCUGGGUCUCAUCUACUUGCGGAAAGAAGGCCGCUGCCUCCCCUCCUGCCCUGAGGGAUACUACCACGAUCCCGCACACAGGACCUGUGAGCACUGCCACGCCAGCUGCAGAGCGUGCUCAGGUAGAAGUGUCCACUCAGCACUAAUUUAAUAUUGUGGGAAUGAGCACACACACACACACACGCAUUCACACACACACUAUCACAUACACUGCGAUGUAGGUGAUGAGAUAUUGAUGCUGCUGUUUUCUCUACGGACUGCAGAUGUGAAAAUGCUGAAGUGUUGGAUUGUGUAUCGACUGCAUUAAUCCUAUAUAGAGAGGAGGUUCAUGCAUAAUAUUGAAAAUUCUACAAAAGGUGUCUACGUUAACUGCUUUAAACGGAUAAUGUGAACACUUAAGCUUUUAUUUAAGUUACAAGUCUGCUAUUGAACUAUUACACCAUUAAAAUAAUAAUAAUAAUAAUAGUAAAAGAGCCUGACAGCUGUAUUUACGAUAGUAAAAACUUGGCUUUUGUAGCCAGCCUCUUGUGGACCUUUGAGGGACUCCUCAAAGUAUUUUGGACAUCUUCACCCAAAGCUGCCUCUUGGUCCUAACAGGUUGUGGCUUUUUACCUUAAGGUCCACUGUAGCCCUUUAAUGCCUGACACCAAAAAUUAUGGGCAGAAAAUUCCAAUUUUCAAAUUUUUUUUAAGAGCUGAAAUGUUUAUUUCACUUGCUACUGAAAACCCCCAAAAUCAAAAUGUCCUUAAAAUUUAACAAAUAUAUUUAUUUAUCUCGUUUGACACAUAAGAUGUUUUUGGAAACUAAUAAACCACAAGAGGACAUUUUUUAUCAUUUAUCGGACUGUUUUCAGGUGGGUUUUUUUUUUGUAAUUCAUUGAUCAUAUUGAUUUGAUAGAAGUAUAUAAAAGUGUGUAUUAAAUAUGACAGAAAAGGCAUUCAAGGGUUAACUCCACUAUUUUGUCUGAUUCUUUGUAGAUCAAAAGUCUGGUCAGGUCAGUAUUAUAAAUAGAGAGAGACUGAUUUGAGAGAGAGAUGUUCAACAUUUUCCUCAGAGGACUUUGAAGCGGAGAUGUUAUAAUGGAGUUUACUGGAUUUCUGGAUCAAACACCAAAUGCACAGCAGCUGAAUGUAUGUAUACGCCUGAAAAUGAAUCCAAUCAGCUGACUUGUUGACUUGUACCUGCAGGAAAAGAUUCCCGAUCCUGCAACUCGUGCUUUUCUGGAUUCCUGCUCUCUGACGGCGUGUGUGAGUCCAUGUGCGACAUAGGCCAGUAUCCUAUAAUGAAGGUAAGCAUGUAAUUCUUUAAUUAAGUUUGAAGUUCACAAAUAUUAACUUUUCAUUAGAGAAAAAAGAACUCCUUACCCUGUCCUUGCUCCACCAAAAUAAUUAUUAACUAAUGUUUUGGCCUCGGGUGUCAUAUAAUGCAAUUCAGGUUGACUUAUUACUGCACCAGGAGAAAUUCCAACAGCAGAGUGAAAAUUAUUACUGUGUCAUGAUUUCAAAAUAAAUCUCCUGGCUCAUGCUUUGAGGCUACGGACUGAAAGUGUCUGGCAGGUACGGUAGAUGCAUAUUAAUUGGUUAAGCUGAAAGGCAGAGCAUUAGUUAUAUUCAGUCCUUUUAGAAAUGAAACUUUUCUUUGAAGCUGUGAUGUGGAGUCCAUGCUUGAGCUGUGCAUCCCUCCCACACCUCACCAGGGUCCAGGCCACGAGUGUGGAGAGUGUGAUGGCUCCUGUCUGGAGUGCCGGGGUCCUGGUUCUGCAAACUGCACCAUGUGUCCUCCUCAGGCCAUUUUAGAAGCUGGAGGGCGCUGUCUGCUAUGUUGCCGCCAUGAGGAGGAGGGGGAGGAGGAGGGAGGCAAGGCUUCAGCGCGGCAGCAGGACUGUUGUAACUGUACUGAGACCCGAGGUAGGCUGAGGGUUGGUGUUGAGUAUGAAGGACAUAUAGAGGGGAUUUAUAAACCCCUUAUAACAAUGUCUGAUAAACUUUAAGAUGACUUUUAACAGGAAUUAAAUUUUCUUCAAAACUUUUCUGUUUAUUUUCUCACUUAUGAAUUCAAAGAAAACAGAGCUUUGGCCAAAAAAAAGUCUUUUAUUGUUACUGAAUGGACUAUCAGACCUGGUUCUUUUAUUGCUACUGAAUGGACUAUCAGACCUGGUUGAUUUUUUGCUCAGGCUAUUGAAUAUCAGAGAGCAGAAAAAAAGUGGCUUUCAUUAUUUGUUGAUUAAUUGAUUGUUUUCUCUUGACAAAAAGUCUAAAACUCAAAGAAUUACUCAAGUUGAUCAAUUUACUUGAUCUAAAGUUAUGUUUUUGUUUUUUUAAGGAGUAUUUUUGGGCGUUUUUUUUUCCUAAGAGAUAAAAAAAGCUUAAGAAAGACAGGAAAUGUAGGCAGUAGAGAGAGGGGAAGAAAUACGACAAAGGAAUCAAACCAGCGACCACUGGUUUCAGUUUCAGAUGGAUCUGUAAUAAUUCAGCAGAUACACUGCAAAACUCCUACCUUAGUGAGUAUAUUUAUGAAAGGAAAUUUUUUUUCUUGAUUAUUUUCCGUAAAUGAGAUGUCAAAUUUAUUCCAAGAAAAUGAAUAGCUUGCCUGCUGCAUUGGGGGAUGUUUUAUCCCAUUUCAAGCCUAUUUUUGCUGUAGUUUUAAAAUUCAGAUUUAUUUCUGAAUCUGUCAGGUAAGAGUGACCGAAGUGUAAUGAGAUAGGACAAAAACACCUGCUAAAAUUGGAUUUCCUGCAGGGUAACAUGAUAAGUUUCGUAGCUGCUCUGCAUGUUUUCAGAAUUAUAAUUUCCAGAGUGUUCCAGUGUGUUAAGAAGAGACAUUUUACUCUGUUUCCAAAUUCACAAAGUUUGGUUGACAAAAAAUGUGAUUUUUUUUUGUUUGUUUGUUUCACUUUUGUUUGAAUUGAGAGGUAAAAAAUCUUUAUCAACAUCAAAUAAAACUUGAACACUUUUAGCUUAGAGAAAUUAGAAAUGAAAAGAAUAAGAAUAUUUUUUAUUUAUGACGUACUAGAGAUAGACAUAUUGAUGGCAUUUUUACAUGAUCAGCGACAUAUCGGCAUAAGCAUUGCAAGGCUGGUAUCACCGUUAUCUACCAAGAGUGUCUAGGGUUUAAUACAAGCUCUGAUGAUUAUAAUGUGCAGAUGUGCAGUUAAAUAAUAAGGAUAUUAAUAUUUACCUCAAAUAUUUUUGUCUUUCUGGCUAAUUUCAGAUAGCUAGGCAUAAAAUCCAGAAGUCCAAUAUUUUUCUCUUUUUGUUAACUAAACAUUUAAUUGAGUUUCUCAUUUAUUAGAGUUAUUAUACUGGAAAAAUAGCAGUGAUAUCAGUAUUUUAUAUAUCGACCAUCAGCACUCUCAUUAUCAGUAUCGGCUCUUGAAAAACUGUAAUCAGUUGACCACCGCACAAGUUACGAAGUGCCUAACUAUUAGAAUCCGCAGUAUACCAAUUAACAAGGUUAAUAACAAGGGCCUGCUCGAGGACCUCAGGCUCAUAGGGAGUUAGCAGCUCACAGAUAAAAACUGUACAAACAAGCAGCAAAAUCUCAAAGCCUAUUCUUAAAUUCACAGGGAGCCAGUGAAGGCCAGCGAGGGUUUGGUAAUAUACGGUCGCUUCUUUCACUAAGUGUUCCAAGUCUGGCUGCAGCAUUUCGAAUAAAUUGUAGCCUUUGAAUGUUGCACUAACUGAUGCCAGGAUAAAGUGAAUUACAGUAGUCUGGUCUGGAAGAAAUAAAUGCAUGGAUGAAAAGAAAAAAGUCAACUGUCUAAGCUGUGCAAGGCAAGGCUGCAUAAUCACUGCAUAACUACAUUUUUCACUCGAACUGUUGCUCAUUAGUCGUAAUUAUUUGCUGUUUUGCAGAAUUACUCUCACUUGCCUCACAUUAAGUUGAGCAUUAGUAAGAGACCUGACAAUAUUUGACAAGUAAUGUCUCAUUAGCAUCCUUGAGGUGCCAAAAUGUUCUUUCUCUAUUUGGGCGAAUGAGUCUGUCGUUUUGGUCUUUUUUGAAAAAUGUUGAAUAUGAUUGAUAAUUUAAAGACUUAAACUAAAAAUAGCUGACAGCCCCAACAAUAGCUAGAGAUAUAAAACAAGCCCUUAAGCCUCUGUGUUGCCUGAAAGCAGAUACCCAGGGGAAAAAACAAAGGCUGAAAUGACUUUCUGAUGCCUGUUAAGCUUAUUACUGUGAGUGCAUUGUGGUAUCUGAAGGUGACUCAGUGGAGCAUAUUUAUGUUUUUAAUCGGCUCUUUUCUUCUCUGAUCUGGAUUUAAAGAGACAGCGUUAAUACAGACGAAAAUGAAAAACUGAAAGAAAAACAGUAAAGGUUGAUGUUGGGACAAAUUCAUGAUGUUGACAAGUGAAGGGGUCGUGUAAAUCAAGGAUUCAAGGAGGUUUAUCAUUAUAACAGAACAUGUUUGUACAUAAAGGGAGAAGUAUAAAUGCAUAAGUCCCAGUAAAGAGAGAGAGAGAGGAAUAAUGUCACAAGAUUAUCAGCUCAGAGAAGAAACUACAAAAAUAAACCUUUUAUUUGAGAUGUAUAUUGAUCUAUCCUUCCUGACAACAUUUAAGGAGCACUUCAAUGUAAAUUUACACUUAAAUAUUCAUGAGAUUGAAUAUGAUAAAACUACAUUUUUCCUUUGACCCCUUGGCUGUGUGGGAUUUCUAGGCGAAUGCGUCCUUAGCACCAACCUGGCUUUCAGAAACGAGGAGGAAGAAGAGGCCAGAGGUAACCUGGCUGUCUUCAUCAUCGCCUGCAUACUGUUGGUGUUUGGACUGGUGGCCGUAGUCUUCCUCAUCCGACACUCCCGUUCCAAGCGUGCACCCCCGGACAUCACGCCCCGUGGCUAUGAAAAGCUGGGCUCCGGCGGGGGAUACGGAGGUGGCAGCAGACACGGCGGCUACAGCUCUUCCUCUUCCACAUCUUACAGCAACCGAGGCGCCGGCUCCUCAGACGGCCGCUUCAAGGAGUCUCAGCUGGUUGACAUCGGUGAACGCCGCACAGGGGUCAAGGGUGAUGAUGACGACGAUGACGAAGAUGAGGACAUUGUCUACAUGGGUCAGGACGGCACUGUGUACAGGAAGUUCCGGUACGGACAGCUUGGAGAGGACAACGAGGAUGAGCUGGAGUAUGACGACGAAAGCUACACAUUCAGAUGAAGAUUGAGAGACGUUUCUCUUUGCUCUGUCUUUUUCACUCACUCCUCUGUGCUGUUUAUCUCUUUCUACCUGAGGGGUUGGACCCAUUUCUCCUCCCUUUAAAUAUGAGUCGAAUCAAAUGGGACACAAGAAGCUACUUUGUAUGGGCAGCAUUUUUCUGCUACCCAUUCACGAAAUGAAAUGUACAGCAUGAAAACCAAAUGUUAAACAACCUGAAGGACAUUAUUACAUAAUCAGCUUCCUUUCUUGUCUUAUUUUGGAGGAUGUUGUCUCUCUGCUAGGGCUGGGCUUUUAUCAACUCAUUUUCAGUUUUGGCUUAGGACGGUUUUUAAAAAUAAAAAUCUAGACUUUCUCUAUUCCUUUUCCACCUCCCUCCAGUUAAACCCUCCUCCCUCGUUUACUUCCUACAGAAACACACACACAGCGACAACAUGGCUGCCAGCUUUUAUUCUUACAGCCCACAAACACAGCUAAGAAGCAGCCAAUAUUAGCAGAAUCAUUUCCCCAUUGCAUUAUGUAUGACGAAGGAGGAACAGAGAG